AUGGACACAGUGUGUGAGAGUCCUCGGAAUCCGAAAGAGGAGCAGAAUGGGGACUACACUGCUGUUAGAUCUCAUACCCAUCCUCCUAUCAGUAUCCUAACUUCCACCUUCCUGUUCUGUGCGGAAAAUGUAGCUGCGGCAGUAGUUGCUGCAGGGUACAGCUAUACAGAAGAUGCAGUAUGGAUGUCCCUGACUAUCGUCUUCAUGUUGGUCCCUUCUGUCAUGGUGCAGCUGACACUAACAUUCAUCCACCGAGACCUUGGAAGGGAUCGCCCCCUUAUUCUCUUAAUGCAUCUGCUUCAACUUGGACCUCUGAUCAGGUAUAGUGAGUGACACUAAAUCUAAAUAUUAUUAUGUUUAUUGGGAAAAAUUCCUCACUAUCACACUCCCAAGACUAUUUUUCAAUUUUUAUUAGAAUCUUUUAUUGCUCCAAAAAUUUAAAAAAUUAAAUCAAUGUUUCAGUUUUGCCAAUCAAACUUUAAUGAGGAUAUAGCUUGUGUAAUAACAUGUAUGUUUUAUUACACAAGCUCUUUCCUGAUGAGUUUGGCAAACUGAAACUUGAUUUUAUCUUUUGAGCAAUAAAAGUUAUAUUAAAUGGGGGAGGGGUGGUGGGAAGGAGAACACUCAGAGACACUCUAGUCAGCAAAACAACUUUAGCUCAAUGAUACAGUUUUGGUGUAUAGAACAUGCCCCUCCAGCCUCACUGCUCAAUUCUCUGCCAUUUAGGAAUUAAAUCACUUUGUUUGUGCACCCUAGUCACACCUCCCUGCAUGUGACUUGCACAGCCUUCCUAAACACUUCCUGUAAAGAGACCUCUAAAGUUUAUCCUUUAUUGCAAGUUCUGUUUAAUUUAGAUUUUCUUAUCCCCUGCUAUGUUAAUAGCUUGCUUGACCCUGCAAGAGCUUCCUGUAUGUGAUUUAAGUUCAAUUUACAGAGCAAGAAAUACAAUUAAGGUAAAGUACAUCUGACUUAAAAGUGAAACCAGUUUUUGUUUUGUUUUGUUUUUCUUAAUGCAGGCUGUGUCAUUCACAGCCAGGGGCAAUGUGACAAGGGCUGCAUUAACAGAAACAAAGUUAUUUAACUCCUAAAUGGUAGUGAAUUGAGCAGUAAAACCUGAGAGGCAUGAUCUAUAUACACACCAAAACUGCUUCAUUAAGCUUAAGUUGUUUAAGGGACUAUAGUGUUCCUUUAAUGUUUUUCAGUUUGGAGUGAAGUGAAUGAACCUUUUUAGUUUAUCUGACUUGCAGGUUCUCAUAAUGAAAGCACUGUUAUUCACAAAAAUGUACUACACAGUAGGAUUACUGUAUUUAAAGGCUAUGCAUUGCUUCCCAGACUUACAAUGUUUGUUUGGUUUAUUCUCAAUGAUGUAGUAACUGUAAGCUAUAUAUAGUUUUUGUCCAUUGGUCUCAACGUAAGUUAGGUAAGCAAACCUAGACUGUUUCAUAAUAUGUUGCUUGCUGCUCAAAGUGAUUGAUACACUAGUCCAGGGCUAGGUAACCUACGGCAGUAGUUCCACGCACAGCACUCAUGGCUGCUAGAGCCAAACAGGCUCUGGCCUAUCAGAAGUCCCAGUGACUGCUAUUACGAAAAGGUGGUGAAGGACAAUCCUCAAUUUAUGCAUUGCAGCACGUAGAGAAAGUGAUCUCAGAUCAGUUCCUCCCAGCACUUGUGAAUGGGAAUCCACACUGUAGUAGAGCAGCUGCUGUUACUGCUCCUGUUCUGUUCUUGACCUGUACCUGGCCAGCCUGGUCCCCACUGGAACCCAGGGAAGCCACCCACACUGCUAGAUAUACACAGAAAUGCAGAAUAACCUUCCCCUCAUACAAAUAAUAACAGCCCACACACAAACAUACACACAAUCCGCACAAACAUAACCUGCUAACAAUUCACAUACAUGCACACAACCCCACAUGCAGCCUCUCACAUGCAAUACCCCAAGCAGCCCCCACACACUACCAAUCACACAAUGUGACAUAUCCACACACAAUUCCACAAGCAGCCCUCAUACACAGCCCACAUUUAUAUGUAUCAUACACGAUAUCAUAAACUACUAAUGAACAUAUUCAAUCUAAUAGCUCAUAUACACACAAAUACAAUGAUACAAAGCAAUUGCAGUAUAAAUAACACAAGCAGAAUAUGGCAACAUAGACACGUCAAUUUAAAAAAAAGGAUCGGCACGCUAUGGGAUAUCACAAUCCUAUAUCGGUACAGUGCUGCUAAAAGGUUGCCUACCCCUGCACUAGUCUUUAAACACAUCAUUGCAGCUGUCAACCAUGAAUGCUGGUUAUGCUUUAAGUUGUAGUGACCGGUAUGCUCACUAACAUAUGUUGCUGUAUGUCCUUGCAUUGCUAACAUCAGUUGCACCAAAUACCUUAGAAUGAACAACUUCUAUAUCUACAGGUUAUGCAGUGUCCAAGGAAUGAGCCUAACCGUCACACCUUUAUUAAAUCAAAUUAAUCAGCAAGCCUGUUUUGAAUUCAGAUGUAGGCCAUUCAUAUUGCUCCCUUUGCAAUGUGUUUCCCCUGCCAAUCUAAGUAAAGCUCAUGUCUUCAAUAGAACACUUAGCAGUUUUAUCAUUUUUACCUUCUUUCCUUGCAAGAGCUAGUAUUGUCUUAAAACCUAAGCAGCGAUCACCAUUAAGAAUACACAACAAUAGAAGAUCUAAGCUCAAAAAGGCAAAGAGGGAGGGUGGGGUGGGGUGGGGUAGGUCAAACUGUCACUCCCUGAGGUGAUCAGACAAGGGGAAACCUGCCUGAAAUGUUUUAAAUAGUUACCACCCCUACCCUAAGAGUAAUUGUGUCUUAGCCUUGCUGUAAGUGGGUUGCGAACCUAAUGUGUUAUUAUUAUUAUUAUUAUUAUUAUUAUUAUUAUUGCCAUUUAUAUAGCGCCAACAGAAUCCAUAGCUCUUUGAAAUAUUAUAAGAGAGGAUUUAACUAUAAAUAGGGCAAUUUACAAGAAAACUUACAGGAACGAUAGGUUGAAGAAGACCCUGCUCAAACGAGCUUAGUCUAUAGGAUUCUUCAAAAAAUUUGCCUAACUUUCACUGGCUGUAGAGCAGAAGUGUAUAAUGAGGCCUGAUCAUUUGUGUGAGACGCUUAAAUCAAAGUAAGGAAACAUAUGCUCCCUGAAAAUUUUUUUUUUUUUUUUUUUUUUUUGUCUGAAUUUCUAUGACCAAAUAAGACUCUGACAAAUGAGCUUCAAGCAUUGACCACCGCUUUAUUAGCAAAAGCAACCAGCACGGAACAUUAAAGGAACACUAUAGGGUCAGGACCUGAUAGUAUUAAAACCAUCCUCUAGCCCCUCCCCCCUUGCCUCCCUAAGUAUAAUAAAAUCUUACUUGUAUUUAAGUCUGCAGCUGCUGCCUCUGCUUGCUUGGCUGAUAUCCAAAGUGAUUCUGUGAGCCAAUCACAAUGCUUUCCCAUAAAGAGGGUGUAGACACUGUAUGGCAGUCGCACUGCCCUAGGAAGCACCUCUGGCAGCCAUCUGAGGAGUGGCCAGUGGAGUUAUCACUAGGCUCUAAUGUAAACACUUUAUUUUCUCUGAAAAAACUGUGUUUACUGCAAAAAGCCUGAAGACAAUGAUUAUGCUCACCAUAACAAAUACAAUAAUCUGUAGCUGUUGAGAAGACAGCAGGUAUUACCCACCAUAAUAAAAGGUGUUACUCCAACCACCAUUACCACUUCAGUUUCAAAGUGGUUAUGGUGGUUGGAGUCUGUAUGUGCAGCUUUUCAGUAUGAAACCCUGCCCAUAGGUGUAAUCAGGUUGGCUAAUGUCAAUCUAUGCAUAUUUCAGACACACUCACCCAAUGAUUGAGUGGCGGGGUCAGCAGCUCUCCCUGGAGACUCGAUGACUUGCUCAACCCAGGUAAGUGGCAAACUGUUGCUAAAUGAUUUGCCACUAUACUUGGGGAGUGGCAUCAGGGUACUCUUAUCGAACCCACUACAGUUAAGUAUGAGAUCUAGUUCUGUGUCCAUCACAGGACUUGUCUCCCCAGCGCCCUCUCAAAGACUGGCAUCUAUUUAAACCUGGCCAGGAUUCUCCACACCUGUGACAAAGGAGACAAAACAGGAGAAAAAAAUUAAAUAUAAAAACUAAUUCCAACAGGGCGGGCUGGAAACGGUGAAUGACAAGUUCUCCUUGGUAGAAAGCUGGCAAACCUCUAUCUUGAUGCUGUUUUUAUAACCUACAUCUUUAUCUGUAAAUACUGAAACUAAGGUCUGUUCAAAUGUUAUGUGGCAGACUGAUUUACAGGCAUAGCCCUACAAUCCGAAAUCCCUUCCCUGAUUGGUCGUGGGUUCUUUUUUUCAUAAACACUAUGGAUACCCUACAAUACAUUUAAUGGAGCCCACAAAACAGCGCAGUGUAGGAGUGGGCCUUGACAGGGCCAGGUGAGAACUAUAGCUCCCUGCAGCCUUUCUCAUGUAAACACUGUAUUUUCUGAGAAAUAUCUUCAGGGGCCCGGUCAGCGCUGCGGCCGUGUAAUUGCGCGCCCGGUCAGCGCUGCGGCCGUGUAAUUGCGCGACCGGGCCACUUUAAAAAAAAAAAUUGUGGCUGCACCGCAAGUGCUGCUGGGAGGAAGUGACGGCCGGUCACUUCCUCCCAGCCUACUCCGCGCGGGGGGAGAGCAGCGGGAGAGUGGAGGACAGGAGAGGACACCAGAGGCAUCUGCUAUCAUCAUCCCCAGCCACCCUCCUGCAACUUAAAGGUAAGAGGAGGGUGGCUGAUAAAUGAGGUGUGUAUGUAUGUCUGUCUGUAUGUGUUUGUGUGCGUGUCUGUAUGUUUGUAUGUCAGUAUGUAUGUCUGUAUGUGUACGUCAAUGUGUGUGUGUAUGUGUCUAUAUGUGUGUAUGUCUGUUUCAGUAUUUGUGUGUGUGUAUUCCUGUGGGCAGGAUUUGGAGGCGGGGCUUGAAGACGGGCACCUUGAGCUGUGUUAGGGGCCCCACAAUUUCUGAUGGCGGCCCUGGUCCUGUGAUUCAGUAUCUCCUCCCUCUGCAUGAAGACACUGGACUUUCCUCAUAGAGAUUCAUUGAUUUUGACAUUGAUUGAUGAGGAGAUGCUGAUUGGCCAGGGCUGUGUUUGAAUCAUGCUGGAUCUGCCUCUUUGUCAGUCUCAGCCAAUCCUAUGGGGAAGCACUGUGAUUGGAUCAGGCUACCACAUGUCAGCAGACUGCUUGUUUUUCUGAGUAUAACAGCAUGCAGAUUUACAGCUUCAGGCUUGAAUACAGUAAGAUUUUUACUAUAUUUAUGGAGGCAUGAGGGGCCUGGGGGGGCUUGAUGAUGGUGUUAACAUGUUUGUGUUCCCGACCCUAUAGUGAUCCUUUAACACAUAUUCUUGGAAAACCAUUCAUGGAACACUUUGUUUACCACAUAAAAUAUUGUCUUAAACAGUCUGAUCCUAAAGCCUCCAAAAGAACACAAAAUACACAUGUAUAAAUAAUGCAGUCUCUUUUGUCACUGUAUCGUGCAUGCAAACAUGGAUAAUGAGAUUAUGGGAAUGAUGGCGGUAUGGAGAAUGCUAAGUGUGGAGGGGUUAAUAGAUACCAACAGACUAAUAGAACGUUAAAAAAAAGAUGAGCAGAUAGUUUCGUAAGUCUGUAUAAUGUUUCUCGCCACAUGUAAAAACUAGUCCAACAAGUGAUGAAUAAAACAUACUGGUCAGUUCUGUUGGGUUGUUGUGAUACCUUCUGCUCUCUGUUGGGUUCUCCUUCAAGAUCCUUAUUCUAAUGCUGUACCGCAAUCGUGGGUGUGGUGUUCUUACAGAAUAUCUUGUUUGUUGAAUAUGUGCUUUAGACCUAACUACGUGACACAUGUUAAUUCAUGCAAGCUUGUAACAUCAAUAUUCUGUAUCUGGCAUCAGCUGGUUGCAUUCACCUUAUAUCGACCUUGGGAAAACUAAAAGAAAUAAUGUGAAUAUUAUUUCAUUUUCCAUUUGAUUGGUUUCUGCCACCCAAAUAAAAUAUGCUGUUACCGAGCCUGUUCUGUUUUAAUAGAUGGUGCCCCUACUAAUUGUAGUGCGGGAAUUGGCUUGUUCUGUCUGAAUUUUGCAUGCCAUUUCUUUUAUUACAUCCCUGCUGUUGUCCAGUCAGGCCCUUUUUAUUUUCUUUUUUUUUUUAAUGAGCUGAGCAACAUGGCAACAUAGACACGUCCCCCCCCCCAUCAUGUGUUGAACUACAACUCACAUGAUGCUCUGCAUGCCUUUGGAAAGACAAAGCAUCAAGGAAAUGAAAUGGGCAAUAAAGAAGUCAAACUCCCCCCUUGUUUAUAUUGCUUCAAUUCUUGUACAAGGGUUAGAUUGACUAAGCACUGUUGUAGCAUCAUUGUCACUCGUUCUGUUCCUUAACUCCCCUUCCACAGGUUGAGACUUUCAGCUGAUAGUGAUGCAUGCUCAAGUACAGGGAAGCAUGACUUAAUGCAAAGGUGAAUCAAAUAACUAUGCAUUAGAUCAUAGUUGGUUUGGGUUUAAAUAGCAUUCAUACAUUACAAAGAAUUUUUUUUUUUUUUUUUUUAGACAGAGGAAGGCUGGAGGGGGGGAGAGAAGUGCAUAUAAACAAAUCACUCCAUUUGGGCCAUCAACCAUGUGAAAUGUUUUAAACUACUACUGCAGAAACCAAAAUCUAAUGAUAAAAAGAAUAUGGUAAUAAGGUAAUAUAUUUUAGUAGCAAAAAAUACACCUGUGUCCUCACAUUUACACUGCAAGUGUACCCACACAUGCACCCUCUUACUUGCACAUAUAUGCUCCUCUACACUUAGAGGCAGUCUGAGCACCAUAACCACUGCAUCAUUGUAGUAGUAAUGUUACUAGCAGGCUCCUGGCUCCAUCACCAAGAAGUCUUUUAUGGGUAGGCAUAACAAGGCAGAAUGCAUGGGAGUCUUUAUUCCAGAGUCAAAAUGUAUUCCUGCAGAGUGCAAAAACCGUAGCAAUAAAUUCAGCCCUAACCCUUUACGUGUUUAGUGUAUGUAGCACUUUGUCAUAACUUAGUUUGCUUUACUGAAUCUAGUUCAUGCAGUGGGGACCAACCGCUUCUAUAUGGAGAUUAGGUAUUGUUUUGUGGUAUAGUGGUCUUUGGAGCUGCCUGUAUUUUGUGUAAACCACUGACUGCAGUAAUUGACUAAUGGCUCCCCUGCAACUAAUUCAAACUGUUUGAGUAAUUUGCCACAAACAGAAAGUCGCCCAGGGGUUCCUGGUCCAGCCACUUAUUUACCAUAUUGCUAAUGUAGUAGAUGUAAUAUCAAUUUCAUCAAGACGUCAUACGUUUUUAUUGUUUUGUUUACAUGUCAAUGGAUGCAGUCUGGCAAUGUUUAUUCUCUGAUGUUGGACAGGUGGGUCUGUCUGCAUGCUGUACAUUGCAGAUCUCUUAGUAGAUCCUACCCACACUCUCUGGACACCACAUAUGGGGCUGAUCCAUUUAAAAGAUCUGCACAGUAAGAGAGUGCUUCCACACAGGGCAAUGCAUACAUUGUUCCCUGUGCCUUCACUGUCACUCAUGAAGGUACAUGCAAAUAUGUGUGCUUUAAACACUGCUGUACCUGUGACUACUUAAGAAUACUUUCAGGGGCAACAUACAUCUCCAUCAUAGGCUGGUAGCCCAACUGGCCCCAAAUACUGCCGUUCAUGGAGUAUUAACACCACAAGCCACCAGAACAUUAGGGCUGCAGAUUAACCAUACCUUGCAUGCCUGACCGUGCUCCGGUGAUAGUAUGUCAUUUAAGAAGCAGAACAUUUUUGCGGUGAAUUUGCAGUGCAUGCUCACCUGUAUAACUGUGAUGAGUUACAGGAUAACUGUGAUCAGGCAUACACACGUCAAAUAUAUGAGUAUCUGCAAAGUCAAGGUACAGUCAAAUGUUGGGAAAUUAUUAGAACAUGCCAGGAAUCCUCAUGUCCUCACAAUAACCAGGCACUGAGCCAGGUGUGGGGAUUGUCCGUGUAAAGGUCAUACAGCUUGGUGACAUAACAUGGUUGUGAUAUGUUCCCUAUUAUACACUGUAUACUGAUAGAAAAUAUCAGGGGUAUGUUAUAAGCAUGGUACCUAGUUAUCUUCUGCACCUUGUCCAGUAUAUUUCCAUAUACCUUUCUCUUCAGUAAACUAAUUAAUUUAUUCUAAUUCGUGUAAAUCAAACUACUUGGAGCCAUCACCUGAAACUCUGUGUGUUCAAAUGGAUAAAGAGGGACACUUGAUUUUAUGGGUGUGAAUGGGGUGUGUGGCCAGGGGAGGAAUUUUAGGUAACUUGCUAAUAAAUUAAUUUCGCACAAGAACAAGGUACCUUAUUUAAAGAGACUAAUUUCUAAAGAUAUUUAUUGUAGUUUUAAAGACACAUUACUGGGAGUCUUAUUGCUGUGGAGCUCUUUUAUACACCCAGACACACAAACAAUAUGGAGCUGCUAAAAAUGCAGGACAGAGGGAUUUGAGCCCAAAGAAGUGACUCUCUCCUAAAUAGGGACACUUUGGGGGUGGUCUGCCCUUCCCAUCAUCUAUUACACAAAAUGUUCUGUAUGUAGCUGUAGCUGAAUAUAGACUGAAGAUAGGCCCCACAGGGGCGUAACUAGGAGCCACAGUUCCCCCGGUGCGAAAAUUGCCCUGGCCUCCUCCCCCACACACAAAAACAGGGAUAAAAAGAUAUGAAAAAUAAUUAAUAGCAUGAUACGUUUGUAUAACACUAAUCUAAAAGAAUAUAAAAUAGUCAGACCGCAAGACUUGCAGUGGAGCUGAACGGCACGGAGGAGAAGGGAGCUGACAGGAGCUGCAGGAAAGGUAACAGCUCGCUUCCAGCUCCCCUCCUGCACAGCCCAUCCACUGGACCACCAGGGAAAAAUAUAUCCCCCCUCCCUGGCCAGCUAACAAGCAGGGAGGGGAAAUUUUUUAAAAAUAAUAAAAUUAAAAAUGUAAUAAUAAUAAAAAUGCCCACCCCCCCCACCAAGGUUACACACUCUGCAUCACAUACACGCAUCACACACACACUCUGCAUUCAUUCAUACACACUCUGCAUUCAUUAUAUAUACACACACUGUAAAUAAAUAUUCAAUUUAAUAUAAUUUUUUGGGGAUCUAAUGUUAUUUAGAAGUUUACCAGUAGCUGCUGCAUUUCCCACUCUAGUCUUAUACUCGAGUCAGUAAGUUUUUUUUUUUUCCCAUUUUUUGGGGGGUAAAAUUAGGGGCCUCAACUUGUAUUCGGGUCGACUUAUACUAGAGUAUAUACGGUAUGCCUUUUUUGUUGUAAUGGUGUGCUGUGGUUACAUCUACUUCCUUCAAAUUUGGGAGAAGCUGAUAGGACACGGUUCCUUUCCACACUGCAAGAUGGUCACUGGGUGGCAAAUUACCCUCUGAAAUUUAAUUUUUUGCUAAAUCCCUUAUUUUGAACUUAAAGGGACUCUCCAGGCAGCCCUUUUUACUCACCUGGUUCCAGCGCCGGGAGCCUCGUGAAGCCGCGCCCCCUAUUUCGGCUUUGCCGCACAUACUUCAUUCAUGAAGUCCUGUGCACAGCUGCGAGCUGAGCUGACUGACAGCUCAGCUCGCGGUUUUUGCCCGCCCCCUCUCCUCUGCUGACAGGCAGGAGAGAGAAUGCGCCCACACAGUGCCUUCUCUCUCCUGCACACGUCAGACAUAUUUUAAUACGCCUGACGUGUACAUGGCCUUUUUAGGGCCAUACAUGAUAGGAAGUCCAACAAAAAAUAUAUCAGAUAAAAAUCUAAUAAAAAAUCCAGGAAUGGUUAACGUGAUAUACCUUUAAAUCUCUUUAGAAUAGUGGUAAGACUAGUAAUAAUUCAUUACUUACUUAAAAUUUCAUAAAAAAUAUAUCAUAAAAAGUGUAUAUAUUUUGUGCAACAGAUCUGUUUACGACAUUCAUUGCACCUAUCGCAAAUCAACUUUAUUGCCCUGGAACGCAGGAACUGUGACACGCACGCGGCUCACAGAGAGCCUGCUCACCUACUGUCCUAGUGAUUACAACUAUUACAUGUUACACAUCAGUAACAAGAUUACCUAGUGGAAUUUAAAUUGCCGCCGAACGAAGGAAGAAAACAAAGAUACACACGAGGCUCACGGAGAGCCAGCUCUUCCAUUUAUUUGACGAUCGGACUGCAACAACUGUAUACACCAGGUUCCAAAACUGCAACCGGGCAAGAAGUUUGAUAUCAAAGUGUGAGUGCCUAAUAUAACUUUUAAUUUGAUUUUUUUCAAAUAAAAUUGAAUAUUUUUAACCAUUUCAGCACUUCAGUUUUUAAUGGUGAAUUAAACAUAUAUUUUAUUGAGGGCCAUCAACUAUGACCUAUCAAUGAUAUUUUAUAUCUAUUUAUUACUUUUUACAAGGGUACAAUUAUUAUAAAAUAGGACCAUUUAUAAUAUAAUAUUGUACACACAGUAUACUAACUCACUCAGUAUCCAUAUACCAGUUCUUCUAUAACUGGAGUGAACUGAGUCAGUUUACAAUUUAAAAGACUGCUGCUACUAUUUGAUACAUAGUAUCUAUUUACAAGACUGUUAUCAAUUGGACAAUUUAUUUCCUUUUCUUCUUUUUUUUGUUUUGUUAUUUAUUGGAUAUUACUGUGAAUGAUCUGUUGCACAAAAUAUAUAUACUUUUUAUGAUAUAUUUUUUUAUGAAAUUUUAAGUAAGUAAUGAAUUAUUACUAGUCUUACCACUAUUCUAAAGAGAUUUAAAGGUAUAUCACGUUAACCAUUCCUGGAUUUUUUAUUAGAUUUUUAUCUGAUAUAUUUUUUGUUUUACUUUGCAAUAUUAAGGAUUUUUUAGUGGAAUCCUUACUUUUCCAGUAGAGUGGUUUACUGCAGCCAUACUAGGUUCUCUAACACACGGUUAUUUUUUAUAUUAACCAUAACGUUAUAUGAUAGGAAGUCCCUCUGGUGGCCGUCUGAGUGACGGCCACUGGAGGUAUUCCUAUCAAUCAAUGUAAACACUGUAUUUUCCACCAUCCCCACCAUCAAACAUGGAGGUGGAAACAUUAUGCUUUGGGGUGUUUUUUCUGCUUACGGGACAGGACAACUGCACAACAUCAAAGGGACGAUGGACAGGGCCAUGCACCAUCAAAUCUUGGGUGAGUACCACCUUCCCUCAGCCAGGGCAUUGAAAAUGGGUCGUGAAUGGGUAUUCCAGCAUGACAAUGACCGAAAACACAGCCAAGGCAACAAAGGAGUGGCUCAAGAAGAAGCACAUUAAGGUCCUUGAGUGGCUUAGCCAGUCUCCAGACCUUAAGCCCACAGAAAAUCUGUGGAGGGAGCUGAAGGUUUGAGUUGCCAAACGUCCGCCUCGAAACCUUAAUGACUUGUAAAGGAUCUGCAAAGAGGAGUGGGACAAUAUCCCUACUGAGAUGUGUGCAACCUAAUGACCAACUGCAAGAAAUGUCUGACCUCUGUAAUUGACAAGGGUUUUGCCACCAGGUACUAAGUCGAAGGGGUCAAAUACUUAUUUCACUCAUUGACAUGCAAAUUAAUUUUAUAGUGCAAAUAAUAAUUAAAAUAUAUACAUACAGAGAGUCCUCUAAUUAGGAAUGUAUAAAACCUUCAAGGCAAAAAAGUACAGAACAAUAAUUUAUUAUUAUUUAACAACUUUAUUGUUACAAAAUAAAAAAUAUGUAAUAAAAGAAGUAUCAGAUUUAUUACAUAUUUUUUAUUUUGUAACAAUAAAGUUAUAGUUUUUACUACUUUAUUUGUUGUUCCUGAUACAUCUUGAAUCCUGACUUAUAUCCUUUGGUGGGGAUCAUACCACCACAUGCUGUCUAUACCAGAGCAAGAUAUUUGCUCUGAAAUUUGUAAGUAGGAUACUUUUCCUUUAUUUGCACACUUUUUAAUAGAUAUACUACACUAUUGGAUUUUAUUUCUAUUUUUUAUCUUUCCAUAUACCACUGUGGAGGAUUGGAUACCGCAUUAUACCAUCACUUGAUAUCCUGAGACGGGGAUUAUACCGUCUAGGCGCUAUACGGCAGAGCUCUGAGUAGCUCUGCAAAGUGUGAGUGAGUCUUUUAUAAGCUUUUAUAUACUCUUAUUUCACUUGACAUAUUGCACUAUUAUUGUUCUGUACCUUUUUGCCUUGAAGGUUUUAUACAUUCCUAAUUAGAGGACUCUCUGUAUGUAUAUAUUUUAAUUAUUAUUUGCACUGUUUGGGCGCGGUUUACCACUUUUGUCUCUUCUGUUUUACUACUGUGGGCAGGUAUUGGGAAUUCCUGCUUGGUUCACUGCUGCCCACCUUUAGUUUAUUUAGUGAGCGCCUAACUCCUCUUUGUUGUAAAUUAAUUUUAUAACUUUUUUUUUUUUUUUUCGACAUGCGGUUUUUUUUUUCCCUGUACUUUUGUUAUUCUGUCUCUCACUGUUAAACUACACCUACCAUUAAAAUUAUAGACUGAUCUUUCUUUGUCAGAGGGCAAACUUUCAAAAUCAGCAAGGGAUCAAAUACUUUUUCUCUUUAACAGUACAUCUUAAGGUACUGAGAGUCAGAGGUUUAAAAUAUCACACAAGGCAGCCAAUAUAUGUAUGAGCCCUUGCACAGGAUUAUAAAUUGUUUAAAAAUGUAUUUUUGGGGAGGGGCUCAUGAGCAGAACUAUGCUCUCACGCAUGAAACAGAUGUAUAUCUGAACCACAAACGGAAGUGUCACACUAUCCUAUGAAUUCAUGCAUUAGUUUCUAGAUCUGUUUAAAAAGACUUCCGAGUAAACAAAUAUUUUUUUAUAUAUAUUUUUUACAAAGACAUUUUGGAACAAUGUAACGGAUCACCUGGCACCCCGACUGGGUACCUCCGUUGAAAGAUGCUCCUAGCGCUUCCAGAGGACUCCAAGCACUCCACCAGACACCAUAAGCACCGCAGGCUGCAGCUAUCUCCCUUCAGAACGAAGCAGGAACAAGCUCUUACAAGAGCUCAGUGAUUAUAGCAAGGGAAUAUGCCUAGCAAUCCCUUGUAGCAGAUUCCCCAAUAAGAGACAGGACUCAAGUUGAGGGUAAAAAUAGAACUCUCUGGCUGCUAGCUUGCAGCCCUUUUUAUUAGGUGCUCCCAUGAAGGGGAGGGACACACACAGUAACGUACAUUAACCAAUCACACAAUAGUUACAUCCCACACAUAGCCCUCCCCUCUACCUGUAAACUAAUUAUCUGUACACACAGGGAAAUACAAUUAUCAUGGGUAGGGAAAAUACAGUUUUUACACAACAUUCAUAACUCCCAAAAUAUACAUCACAUUCGCAUAAAAAUACAUAUUCACAAUCAAUCCAUUCAGGGGAACAACAUAUUAAAAAUGGCAUGAAUCAGACCAGGGGUUCAAAAGUUAGUAAAAGUAUCUUUUGUUCCCCCUGGCUCAAACAGUAAAAGUAAAACAUCCCCACAAUGCAUCCUGGCUUCCUCCCUUCUGCCCUGGAGAUAAUUGGAGAAGGAAUCUAAUUAUCUCCAAAGACAGAGCCAAACUCCAUUACCCACAUGGCAGACAAAAAGACAGUAAAAGACAUAAAAUUACAUACUGACACAUUUAGUACAUAAAACACACAUUUCUACAUAUCCCCAGAUAGCUUGGAUCUGACUGCACAUUAUUAGAUGAAUGGCACUCAGAUCACACGAAUAAGCCUUUCUGCAGGGAAAAUAAACAGUUUAACCUGCAGGGCCAUAGUCCAAAGGCAAGAGGCGGGCAAGCAGCCCCCUCCAAGGACACGUGGCGAGGUCGGUUUUGCCACAAACAACAUAAGUUAUCCUGUGACUUUUGGAAACAUUGAUUUCUAAAGAAUCUCUCUCUUGUCGAUACAUUGAAUCUUAUGGCAACUUAGUGUGUGUGUGUGUUAGGGUAAUUUUACGUCCAUUAACUAGGAUGUCACUUGAUGUCUCUCAGGCAUGUACUUUUGACACUUGCUCAGCCUAGUGCAUAAUCCAUUUUAAUUUUUUUUUAUUUAUUUUUUUAUGCAUUAUACUAUUUAGUAAAUUACUGCGGGAUUGGAUUAUCAAUUUUUUAUGGAUUUUGUGUUUGUUCGUUUGAAUUAAAAGUGCACUAUAGCCACAUGAACAACUUUAGUUUUAUGAAGCAGUUUUAGUGUAUAGAUUAUGCAUUUCAUGUUUUACUGCUCAAUUCACUGCCGUUCUGCCGAUUUGUGCUACAAUGUAAUUACAGGACCCAUCAUUGUGACAUGCUAAAGGAACUAAGCUGGCUAUCGCUGGAAUCCAGACGCACCCUUCAUCUUUCCAGCCUUGUUUUUAAGAGCUUUUCUGGGAAGCUCCCAACCUACCUGAACAAAAUGCUUUCCUCAGCUGUUCCCACUUUCUAUAAGCUCCGAUCCAGUACAAGCACUUUACUUAGUCUACCUCAAUACAAAAAGAAAGCAGCCCGAUCCUCCUCCUCCUACAGAGCGCCGCAAUUGUGGAACGACCUCCCGCACAAUUUAAAAUCUUCCCUAAGCCUAAAGUCAUUUAAGAGAUCCCUCUCUACAUACCUCAAAACAGAAUGCACGUGUCAUGGUUGAUUAUAUAUUUCCUGCCUGUUCUAUGUUAAAUUUUGUAUAUAUUGUGUAUUAAUAUUGUUUUUGUAUUUUGUUGUACCUAAUGUAACAAUGCAAUGAUUUGUGGACCCAGGACAUACUUGAAAGUGAGAGAAAUCUCAAUGUAUCUUUCCUGGUAAAAUAUUUUAUAAAUAAAUAAUUUAGGAGUUCAUUCACUUCCUUUCUGUUUAUGCAGCCCUUGUCACAACUCCCCUGGCUCUGAUUUGACACAGUCUGCAUUAAAAAAAAAAAAAAAAAAAACCACUGGUUUCACUUUCAAUCAGAUGUAAUUUACCUUAAACAACUGUAUCUCUUUCUCUGUAAAUUGAACUUAAAUCACAUACAGGAGGCUCUUGCAGGGUCAAGCAAGCUAUUAACAUAGCAGGGGAUAAGAAAAUCUAAAUAAAACAGAACUUGCAAUAAAGGAUAAGCUUUAGAUGUCUCUUUACAGGAAGUGUUUAGGAAGGCUGUGCAAGUCACAUGCAGGGAGGUGUGACUAGGAUUCAUAAACAAAGGGAUUUAACUCCUAAAUGGCAGUCAUUACAUUCAUUAAUUUUAAGUUAGUGUUAUACUUUUUUACAGUAUAAUAUGAAUACUGGCUUAGUGUGUAUGUAUCAGGCAACCUGGAAUAAUGGGGAUGAUGACCAUUUAAAAAAAAUAAAAAUAAACUUUUUCCACUCUGAGCCUGUACCAUUGACCGAUAAGUAAAAUCUCCAAGAAGUGCUACAACAUCUUUUCAAUAUGUUUAGAUUCCCCAAAAUCAACUAGAUACUGAUAUCCUUUUUGACAGCACCCACAGAGCUCACAACCUCAGAUUGAAACCGAACUAUCCUCUGUAGGUCACCCCUACUGGCUUCCCCCCCCCCCCCUUUUUUUUCCCUCUCUCCCCUUCGUUGUGCAACAUAAUUUUGGUACCAAACUCCAUCCGUACCAAAAAAACCUUCCACAGUUUCUCUGACCUUUUAACCCUACCAGAAGUGCUAAUUGACCCGUAGUAUACAGACUCUCCAUCUCCUGCAUGAUCCACUUACCUGCAGCAAUAGAGAAGGAACAAGGUCCUGACAAAAUUGUGGGUGCCCCUUGCUCCCUCACUCUUGGAAGAGUAGAGGUCUCCAUACAUGGACAAUAAAAACUGGCUCCAAACUCAGUGUCCCCAGUGUCAAAUUAUCUAAAUCAAGCCUCCAUAUGGCAUGUGACUGGGUUGGGUACCCUUCCUGUCUAGUUAACGCCCCCCCACCCAUAUCUCUGUUGCACUUAUACUCCACUCUGCAAUCUAGUAGCAGUUGUGUUUUAACAUGUCCAACGUGGGGUCUAAGGCAGGGCUUGACAAAUUUGCUUUGAAUCUAGGAACCAGCUAAAAAAGUUGUCAGGUUUUUUCAAACUUGCAAAGCUUUAUUUUCAAUGACAAAAAUACAAUUCUUGAAGAGUCAUUAUAGUAACCAGGACCACAAACGUUUAGUGAGCUUAUGGCCUGUGUAAUUCACAGAACCAAUGAUAAACAAACAAAAAAAAGUCCAAAUAUCCAACAUAUUGGGUCUCCCUGCAGUUUAUAGCACUAACACUGCUGUACACUGUCAGAGUGAGGCAUUUGGGGUGGGGGUUGACGGUUUCACGCUCUGUGUGCCUGAUCAAAGAGUGUGUGAUCAGGCACACACAGGAUUAUCAGUGCACGCUAUAAAGAAUUCUUUAAACAUUGUGGGUCUUCCCCCCACCCCCCUCCCCAGCAGCCCUGACACCUGCAAUGUCAACACUUAAAGGGACACUCAGGGUACUAAUACAACGUUAAUUAAUUUGAUAGAUUUUGGACUCAUUAACAUGCUGUAUAUCUUUUGCAUGCUCAAAUCUUUAGGCUUUUUUUUCCCAGAAAUAAAGUUUUUGUACAAUGCUGCACCAUAAACCUGUCUCCUUAGCCACUCCCUCUUAUGAAAGACCUGUAUACACACAGCUCUGGCCCCCAAGAGCACAAAGUGAGCUACUUCUAAUUCACUUGUCUGCAGACAGUCAGAGAAACCACAAACUAGUAGGCUCACUGGGUGUCCUAUCUACCGAAUGUAGAUUGCUUUGUACAAAACCAAAAAAAUGUAGACUUGUAUUGCAAUGCAACUGGAGCAGUGUGGUAAGGAUUCACAGUCCACAAAUUUUAAGUUGGGAGAAACAAUCCACAGGCAUCUCCAUGACCAGGUUUACAUGUCAGGUGCCUGUUCGUACAAUAUUCUGAAGUGCCCCCUGCUCCCCCAACCCCAAAUUUAGGCAGAUGAAGUAAGCAUAAUGAAUAACUGGACAUUGCAGUCCAGUGCAUAUGUGUAAUAUAUAUUUAAGCAUAUGUAUAAAUGUAUGGCUGUGCAUAUUUCUGCUCUACUUAUAAUGUAUUGUUUGAAUCCGUGAGUAUAGUGAGCGUAUGCAGCUGUGUAAAUGCAUGCAAGAUAAAAAAAACAAAGUUAGUGGUUAAGGUAAAGUGAGGGUUAGGUUAGAGAGGGGUUAAUGUCAGAGUAAGAUUACAUGGGAUGUUUAGUGUUCACAAGAAUAACCGUUUGAGAGUGUUUAAAGUUGUAGUAUCAGAGCUGGUUAUGAUUACGGAGUUUAGGCAUAGAGUUGGGUAAAUUUAGUUUUGGGGUACAUGAGGUAUUUAGUUUUUUCAGUGAAGUUAAAUAUAAGAUGGCUAAAGGGUUUAUUUUAAGACUUAGGCUUUGAGUGCUGGCAUUUGAAUGAUUAUUUGAAAGUACUCACCUAUGUCUUCUGUAGACUAACGUUGCAGGGGCUGUUAUACAGUGUGCAUCAUUCAGAGCUUCCCAUGCCUUGCAUUUCCUGUGUGAGAGGUUACUAGUGGGCAUAUGGGAAGGGGUCCCUUCCUCUUUUUGUCCAGCUUCACACAUACAAACACUAGAGGAGCUGGGACAGUACUUUUCAGUACUUUUUUUUUUUUUUUACCCUCUAUAACUAUCCCUGGAGGUCUGCUAUUAGGGCUUACUGGACUACAGAGGACCUUACAAUGCUCCUGGUAUUUAUCUCUCCACCAGCCUUUUCAAACUCAAAAAAGCACAUUAAAAAGGGUGGAAAACGGUCACCAGAACAGCUUCUGCAUAUUGUAGUUGUUCUGGUGCAUAUACCCUGUACCUGCAGGCUUUUUAAUACAAACACUCCCUUUUUAGAGAAAAGGCAGUGUUUACAUUGCUUCCUAGGGACCCCUCCAGUGGCCUCUCUUCAGACAGCCACUGGAAGUGCUUCCUGGGGCAGUGCUGCACAAUGUGCAGCACUGAUGUUCAGUGUUUUCACACUCUGCAUGGAGAUGCUGAACAUUCCCCAUAGAGAAGCAUUCAUUCAGUGUAUCUCCAUGAGGAGAUGCGGAUUGGCCAAGCCAGUGUUUGGCUCCACCCGUGCCCUGCCUCCUUGACCAUCUAAGCCAAUCCAAUGCUUUUCCUAUGGGAGGCGUAUAGGUGGCAGAGCCAGUGCCUGCGGCUGUGGAAAUAAGGGGUUUUCUUACCUUUUUUAACACUAUAGGGUCAGGAAUACACAUUUGUGUUCCUGACUCAGUGUUCCUUUCAAGUAAAAAUAAAAAUACAAUGUUUUUUAGACCGCAAGGCCUUAAUCGUGUAUGAAGGAUGCUUUAUAGUUCAGAUCGCUCAGUGCUGCUAGUGACUAAACUGUGUGCAUACAUUUGAUAUGAGAAAGUGUUUCCAGAGACUAUUUAUUUAUUUAUUUAUUUUGGGGUGUGUGCACAUAAACUAUAACUUGAGCAUUAAAAAAAAACACAAAUAAAAACCGCAUAUUAAUGAGGCCAAAACUGAUCACUUGCAUUAAACUUGUCUUGGUGCCUGGCGUUUCACUUUAAGUUGCAGGGCGUGGUUGAAUGUAGUAGUUGUUUUAAUGUAAGCCCCAUCGAUCCCACUAUUUCUUGAAUGGCAUGGAAUGUCCUACAAGACAUUAAGGGGUUCAAUAGCUUUCGUCUCCACUCCAAGUGAAUAGAGUUUGGAUGGGACUGUCUUAAAUAUUCUAAAUUCCUAUUAAAAAGAAAACACUACUUUUAAUGUAAAAUUAGAAAACCUAACUAUAUAUUCAGGGACAAAUGGAUAAUAGCUUCUAUAUUAUUGGAACCAUUACAUUGUGAUAAAAAUGUAUACUAAAAGGUAUUCUUCUAUUUCAUGCAGAUGCGUUGAAGCCCUUGUAGUGUACUUUCAGAUGGGCCUCGAGGAGGAACCUUAUGUGAGCAUCUCUAGGAAGAAACAUUUGCACCACUGGGGUGAGGCUGUGGAAGAGGAGCGCGAAGUAGGACAUUCCUUGAGAAGAAUGGCUAUACACCGCAACGCUUUUAAACGAACAGCUGUCAUGCAGGCAUUCCUUGGGUCUACCCCGCAGCUCACUCUUCAGCUGUAUGUCAGUGUUUUGGAGAGAUAUGUUCCUCCAGCACGAGGUAAGCCAUGGUUAAAACCAUUGUUGCUCUUUACAAGUUUGCACUGUUUAGCAGAUAAAGCCCACUGGUCCGUCACCUUUUAACAACUUGAUUAAGUUCAUUACAUGGGCUAGACAAAUGGGGAACUCAAUAUAUUGAUUGCUUUUAAAUUUAAUAAUCUGCUGUUUAACAUAUUCUUUGUCUUAGGAUAUAUUUUCACCUAAAAUUGUUGCACUGGUGUGUUCGGAUAUUGAUAUUGAAGCAGUCUUUGUGUAUAGAUCAUGCCCCUGCUGUCUCACGGAGUUGAUGAUUACAAAAAAAAUUGGGGGGCUAAUGCUGUUUGACAAAAGCCAAGGAUCCUCCAGGUGCCUAUGACUGGGCCAUUCUUUCGCCACAUAGUUAAUGUGGAAAUAUGAUUUAUUAUCUUAGUAAGUUUGUUGGGCAACUUUCGAUUUGUAUCAAACUACUGUAUUGACUUGAAAAUGAUUUGACAUACUAGCAACUUACUUUCCUUCCCUUCCCUUUUUGUGUCACAAUAUCACACUUUCUCUAGCAUGUAAGCUCAUUGAGCAGGGCCCUCAGACCAUCUGUUCCUGUGUGUCCAGUUCGUCUGGAUACAAAUAAGUGUCUGUCAGUCCUCCCAUUGUAAAGCGCUGCAGAAUUUGCUGCUGCAUUAUAUAUAAUCGUAGUAAUAUUGAAUGCAAGGAUGUUGCCAUGGGACUCCAGACCAGUGGUGGAUUGGGGGGGGGGGGAGGGGCACUGCUCCCCAUACACACAUUGCUCCUCCCAUACAGACACUGCCCCUCCAUACAUACUGUGACCCUCUCACACACACACACUACUGCCCCUAACCCGGCAGACCCCAGGUAAGUUAUCAAACUGUUUUUUUUUUAUGUUUUGAUUACUUACUCUGGGGGCUGUAGUGGUUAUUGUGCCUGGAUUGUUUUCUUUAAAUGAUCUGCUAGUGCCCCUCACAAGUUUAAGUUCUGGAUCCGCCACUGCUCCAGACAAUAUAACCACUUCGGUGAAAUUAAGUUCCUUUGACAGUUACUCACCAUUGCAAGCCAUCGUAUAUUCACCAGGGGUGAAUUUCUCCUUGCCAGGCGUACAUUUUCUAGUGGUGUCUGGAAAAUGUGAGUCCUACUGUAAAUAUUAAAGAAACAGUAUAGUGUUAUGAAUACAAAACUGUACUACGAAAGCUAUAGUAAUCCUCGCAUAUGUCAGUCCCUGCAUUGGCUUCCAGUUAGAUAUAGAGCUCAAUUUAAAAUUCUGGGGAUUGCUUACAAGUCCCUACAUAAUCCUGCUCCAACCUACCUAUCCUCCCUAAUACACAAGUAUGUCCCAUCGAGGCCGCUGCGCUCAGCCAAAGACCUACGUAUCUCCUUUGUCCAUACUCCCACCUCUAAUGCUCGCCUCCAAGAUUUCUCCAGGGCUGCACCUCUUCUGUAGAACUCCCUUCCCUUCUCUGUAAGACUUUUACCCAGUCUCCACUCAUUCAAAAAAAUCAUUGAAAACUCACUUCUUCAAGAAAGCAUAUCAUAUAAUUAAACUGUUAGCAGGUUUUUAUCCCCCACCUCCCAUGAGUCCUCUCCUGCAACUGUCAAAAAUCACCUACUAAGCCCUCAGUGAAUACUUUUCUAACAACCUACUUUGUACCUCUACUUUUAUCCUUUGUGUCACUAUACCUCACUCCCUUUUGAAUGUAAGCUCAUUGAGCAGGGACCUCCACCUCUCUGUUCCUGUACGUCCAGUUGUCAUGUAUUACAUGUAUGUAUGCUAGUCCACCCAUUGUACAGUGCUACGGAAUCUGAUGGCGCUAUAUAAAUAAUAAAAUAAUAAUCCUUAACUUACUAGGAUCCACUCUCCAAACACUUUUUUUUUUUUUUCUUCACUUACUGCUUUUCACUGCCAAGGUCCCUCGCUGCUGGAUCGAUCUCUACCUUCAGUAAUGUCAUGAAAAUGGAGGAACCUAAUGCGCAUGCAUUAGACCUUCAUUGAUUCCUAUGGGGAUAUUGAAGACGCUGGACUUCAUGCAAAGUGGGAGAACAUCCAACAUCAUUCGCAGAGUUAAACUGUGUGAAUAUGUAGUAAGCUCAUUGAAUGGCUCUCCGUAAGGCUGCCAUUAGAGGUUGUCUUAACCCUGCAAUGUUAUAGGGACACUGCACCCAGACCACUUCAAUGAGAUGAAGUGGUGUGGGUGCUCAUAGUGUCCCUGUAAUGUGUAUAAUGGGGGGAAAUGAUUUAGGGAAAAAAUACACUGCACUUGUGUUCAAAACAAAAAUCAUAUUGUAAAAGUAAAAUGAGGUGUGCUCAGCAUUCUGUAAAAAGAUUCCAUUAACAAGUAUUAUGAAAGAUGUGAUCUCCAGUAUUUAACUGGAUUAUCUACCAAAUUUCAUACUCGAUUAUCUAUUAAACUGAAAUUCAACAGAGAAUUCAAAAUUAUAGGCCACAAUUACCAAGCUGGAAGCAUAGCGGAGUAGGAGAUUUAGUCCAGUACAGCUAUUUUGGAUGGAAAUGUGAAAAUCCCUGGUGAAUCCCUGACUAUAUUCCCAUUUCACGAUUUAACCCUGCUAUGGUGUACUGCAUAACAGACUGUUACUUUGACUCUACCGUCUUCAUAAUGUUAUCUUCAUAUAAACGUGAUGUUUAUGUAUUUUUCUUUAUUUGCUGCUUUUCUACAUAGUGUUGGAAAAGUAGUGUAGUACAACAUAAACGUCACUAGGGGGCAGGCAACUACAACAAGUAGCCACUGCAUGUUACGCUCAACAACAAGUUGUCAUUAUAGGGUUAGGCAGUGAGAAUAAUCCACUGCAUGGGGAAAAUAGGUUCCCCUACCAGCAUUUUCUAUUUACUCUCCUUUAACUACCUCUAUAAUGUGUGAUAAUGAACUUCAGUGCUUAUGGUUUAAUUUUUAAUGGAGGUUGUAUGUGUGGGGUGCAUAUGUGUGAUCGUAGUAGGUAGGUAUUUGUGCAUUCAUUUGUGUGAUGAGUACUACACACGUAUUCUAAGAGGUGUGAUUUAUAAAUGCAUAUAGUUAUUGGUGUGUGCGUGUGGUGAGCUGGGUCUGAGAAGGCUGGAUAUUGGGAGGCUGCAUUGCUUUUAUUCAUUUUUAAAAAUUUUUUUUUUUUUAAAUGUAGAUUUGCUUCAAAACAUACCGCAACGUAGUGUGGACACAUGGGAGGAGUUAUUUGAAAUGUCCUUGUAAUAGGAACAGGGGUGACUGGUUUACGAUUUAGGGUCCUGCUACUGUCUGUCCAGUCUCCUCUAGCACCAUGGACCCCAACCAUCUUCCAGACAGGAAAUUAUCCCUCUGCCGCUCCAUCCACUCUGGCACUAAUUGAGUAUUCUGAAUGUUCCCAACAUCAACUAUUUAAAGAUUAUUUAUUUUUGACUGAGGCCUGGCUCUUCUGCCCACAGGACUUACAACUCUGUAGCUAAUCCCAAACACCAAGGAGCAGUGCAGCCACGAGACAGGCCCUUAUAUUUUGAAACUGGAGUUCUGGAAGAAACCACGACCACGUUUAGAGAAUGUUGCAAAAGGAACUGGCUCAAUGCUUUAUGUUUUAUGACCCAUUUUAAAAAAAUAAAUAAAGGCAAUAGUAAAAUGCAGUAAGCUAUAGGACUGUCACACAUGGGAUCAUCAGGGAAAACCUAUAAAAUCCAAAUCCCGAGGAUUUUAUGUGAAUUUCACAAAAUAUGCAAAUCAUUGUGACAAUGUACACAACCAUCAGUAGAUGGUGCUGCAUCAAAGUCCAUGGUCUUUUCAAUCUGGGAUCUUCCAUUUGUCAGAAUCAGUGUAGUCUUUAGAAUUCGAUGUUAUAAAGUUACAGUCCCAUUUUAGAAUAAAAGGAUAGAGCAUACAAAGUAUAUCCUGUCAAGUUACAUAAUUUCAGGAAUGUUCAAAUUAAAAAUUAAACAAAUUUGAUUUCACUGUGUACAUCACAAAUAGUGAUGUCCCAAACGGUUCGCCGCAGACGGCAAACAUAUGACCCUGUACCUCACAGUCAGCAGACACAUUCCAGCCAAUCAGCAGCAGACCCUCCCACCUCCUGGACAGCUCACUAAGAAUGCAGCUUCAAAAUGGAUGCUGUCCAGGAGGUGGGAGGGUCUGGGAGGGAGGGUCUGCUGCUGCUUGGCUGGAAUGUGUCUACUGACUGUGAGGUACAGGGUCAUAUGUUUGCCGUUCGGGACAUCACUAAUCACAAAUUCUGUCAUGCUGUGACAUCCCUUUCUCACUUAAAACUACUUCAAAGAUCACAAUUUUUUAAUUUAUUUUUUUAAAUAAAAUCUGACGUAGGUGAAAAUAAUUGGGAUUUAGUUGCAGUUUGAUUUAUAUGAUCAUACAUUGCAUAAGCCACAACGCCAAUGUACCCUAUUUUUUUCACAAGUCCUAUUCUAUCAACCUAAUGCCUGCAUUCAUGAGAUUCACUUACUUACUUGGGAAUUCAUCCCCUAAGAGGGCUGGGCUUACCUAAAGAGAGAGAGAGAGAGAGAGAGAGUGUGUGUGUGUGUGUGUGUGUGUGUGUGUGUGUGUGUGUGUGUCUGUCUGUGUCACCAUGUAAUACAAUAAGCAACUAUACUAUAGGUAAAAAUUGUGAAACUCUCCAAUAACAAGUGUGUUGCAAUUCACGCCGCCACAUCAAAUGAUCUCCAUGAGCACUUCUGGGUCACCCGUUGGAGGAUGAGCUAUACUUUCUCUUACUUGUUACCUAUAGAAUAGUGGUUUAUUGUGUUACUCUGUGAUCUUGAGAGGCCAGAAUGGGCCGAAACGUCAAUCAGACACUUAUGUAACUUUUUUGACGAUUUUAUUAAACACCAUCUUGUUUUUUGGAAGACAUCAAAGUAAUCUUCCACUCUCCCAACUUGGGAGUCACAGCCCCGACUGCUCUUCUGGUCGUGGAGGAAACAUGAUCUUUACACCACUGCAAUGUCUGACGACACACCUUCACAUACCAUGUGGCAUGAGCCACACCUUUUUAUUUAAUUAUGUAGCCUAGAGGUUAAGGUCUGCCCUCCAAUCAGAAAACUGCCUGCCCGGUAUCCUACUCUCUCCUAGCACAAAGAAGCCCUGGAUUGUGAGAAAGCUGUGCUCACACUCUUCCUCACCCUCCCGUAGUAGCAUGGGUGCACUGGUCCAGUCAGGGAUUUUUUUAUGAUCUCUGGCCAAUGAAAUUGCGGUGCUCUAGACAAAUUCCUAUUCACCUUUUGGUAGCGCCGGCCCUGCCUUAUUCAGUCGCUUUUCAUACCUUCUUCUAUCCGUAUUUUUUUUUCUCUCACUACCAUACCUAAGCAUUAUUUCACCUCCCACUUAUGCAUAGUAGAAAUGUGAAGUAUGUAUGUGUGGUGAUUUUUUUUUAUUUUUUAUGCAGCCUUGGAAACACCUACAGUUGCUGCUGUUGCCUCUUGCUGGCCAUUGACGUAGCAGGAGAUAUGAAAUUCUAAAUGUAAUUCUUUAAUCUAAAUUAAGCACAUUGCUCAAUAAGUGAUGCUAAAAAAAAAGUGGGUAUUGUGCAAUAAGGGAAGCUAAAAAAAAUGUGGGCUGUUUGGAAAUGUGAAGGAAGACAGAGUGAGUUACAGUCAGGGGAGGUAUGGCUAGUUCUGGAGAUUGUCCCUUUAAGCUUAAUGGCCUAUACCAGGCAUUGGCAACCUUCGGCACUGCAGAUGUUUUGGACUACACCUCCCAUGAUGCUUUGUCAGCAUUAUGGGGGUUGUAGUCCACAUCUGGAGUGCCGAAGGUUGUCUACCCCUGGCCUAUACGACACUAUAAAUAUCUUUCUCUCAGCUAUUGCUGCCAUACUGUGUAUGCAGACCUAAAAAUACAUAGUUUGUGACUAAACAUUACUGUCCUAACUGGAAUAAUACAAUGCAGCAUCUUGCUUAACACAUAUCCUUUUUUCCUUUCUAGCUGUUCUUAUGGCCAUGUCUCUGGCCUCCACCACAUAUGGUGCUUUGGUUCUUAAUGUAUUGGCUAUCCAGAUAAAGUAUGAUGACUACAAAGUGAAACUGACUGUUCCAGCCUUCCUGUGCAUCAUUCUGUGGAGAAGCCUGGAGAUCGCCACACGUGUUACUGUACUGGUACUUUUCUGUUCUGCCCUUAAGGCUUGGAUUGCAGCAGUUGCCCUGGUCAAUCUGAUAGCCCUUUUCUUUUUGCCAUGGAUUCGCUUCUGGAGGAGUAGGGCAAGCUUGCCUGAGAAUGUAGAGAAGAAUUUUAGCUGGUUUGGAACUGUAACUGUCUUGGGAACUGUGACCUUGCUUUACUCGGCCAUCAAUAUGUUCUGCUGGUCUGCUGUACAGCUCAACUUGAGUGAGAGGGACCUAAUAGACCAGGCACAAAACUGGGGAAGAUUAACUCUUCACUACACCUUUCGGUUAACGGAAAAUGCACUCCUCAUCUUACUUUGGUAUUUUUUCAAAGAGGAUGGAUUUGAAUAUUUUUGCUCCCCACUCCUCGUGGUACAACUUUUGGUGGGUUACUCCACUGCCAUUGCGUUCAUGCUCCUCUUUUAUCAGUACUUCCACCCUUGCCGCUCACUCUUCACACAUAAUGUGUCAGACUAUUUAAUGUGUGUUUGCUGUAAAAAUUGUUUUGGGAACAAAGAUGGUGUCAGAGAGAGCAUUGUGUAACUCUAAUGGAUUCAUUGAAACCUCUACCUCACUCGGCAAGUGUAGCCUUCUGGUACCCCAUGCGCUGUGUGAGAAUGGAGCAAUAUCUGGCCGGAGCCCUAUCUAGUCUUGACAGAUGAUUUGCCAGGACCACCGUGCUAAAACAGGACUUUUGUAAAAUAAUACAAACAAAUGGUGCACUAAAAGUGUAUGGAAACAAUUGUAUAAUUACAUACUUGUAAAGCAUUCUAUAAUCACGGAAAUGGAUACAGUUUUAAGCAAAUAUGAAUGGUACUCGCGCUUCUCAAAAUGGCUUCAACAAUUAUGCUAAACAUGUCAAAUAUAGUAGUAUAUUACUAUACCAAAUAACCACAAAAUAGAAUACACCGAAAUUACACCUACACGAUGUAGAGCUGUGAACAAUUAAGUGGUUUUUAAAGAUGACCUGAAAAAACACAGGCUGUAUUUACUAAAGUGUGAAUUCAAAGUGAACUCCAAAUUUAAGGCCAGAAUAGGCGAUUUAAAAGCAUAGCUGAUUUAGAGAAUAUUUCCUGUUUGACUAUUUUGAUUUUACAUUUUGAAAUUCUCUUUUAAUUCUCACUUUAGUGGAUAAAUCUGGAAGUAUGCAGACAAGACCACAUUAUAUUCUAAAACAAAAGAAAGCCCCAUAAAAAUGCUGUCCUACCCCACCUCAUGGUCCUCCGAGACAAGUUUCACUCAUUAUGCUUAAUAAGGUAUUUAAAUGAAUAACCUAUAAAUACAGCUAUUCAUUUCGAUUUCAUUUUUAUGUUAUUGACUAAACUCUGAAUUGCAGUGUAGUCAGAAAGUGCUGAUUUGGCAUAUUUCUCCACAUUGGCUCUAAAUUUGUCUGUUUUAAGCCUAGAUUUUAUAAAUCCAUUUUUAAGUUCACUGCAAUUCGGUGUUUAGUGAAUAAAGUGUUUAGAGCUGAAGAAAUGUGUGUUGGUUUGUUACAUUUUGAUUACUUUUGCUGAAACUUGCAAUAAUGUUAUUACAUUAUGUUUUAGAUAGAGAUUUAUCUUUCAUUUAUUUUUUUUUUUGUAUCCUGCACAGUCAUUAUCAUUAUUUUCAUACAAGAGGGCCAUAACUAAUAGAUGUAGCCACCAUCUUAGCAUAACCCUUUAAGAACUACAUCUAAAACCCAUCGCCACUAAAUAGAUUUGAAGUGGUUAUGGUGGUAGGAGUCUGGAAGUGCCACGUUUCUGCUUAAGAUCAGCAAUUUCAGAGAUCUAAUUACUUUUGUGCCAGGGGUUAGUUACAGCCCCACCUCUGUUCUGAUCUUUGUAAGGUCAGUUCUGUGGAAAAAGAAAGUCUCUGGUGUAUGCCCCAUAUGAUUACACCCCUUACUUACUACCAUUGUCAACGUGCACAGCGCACUGGCGACAGAUGUAAUUAUCUUCUUCCUUACAGGCUGCUUGUAUUUAAGGGAAAGCUUGCCCUCCCCUCUGUCUGUUCCUUCCUAUCAUAGCUUAAAUCGAUUUUUAUUUUACAAAUUCCUCCCUCCCGUCUUUGGUACAUGCACUCUGAGCCAGUGACGUGGUUUAAUCAAAUGCUUCUUAAUGCUGAGAGCGGUGCCCGGAACUUGAUUUCAGGCAAGUAUUUCAUUCCAGUUUUCGGGUGGAAAGGUGCUACCUACAAUUGCUCAAUAGGACGUUGCAAUUUAAAUGAUAUAGAUGUUCAUAAAGGUUAGUCAAACUUUAAUGGGGUACUCUAUGCCUGUAAUCUCUUCAUCUAAUUGAAAUGGUUAUAGUGCAUGGAGUUUGACAUUCUGUUAAUCAUUAAACCAUUUACAAAUAGUUUACUACUAACCAAGAGUUUCCAUCCCCUCUGUGCGGCUUGGGCUGAAGAGGAAUUUGUUUGAGCAGCAGUGGGUGGCAGUGAUUGGCUAAGAGUGGCAGCUGCUAUGAAUUAUUAUGGAUAACAAAGAGUCUAAUCUCUGUCUUAGCCCUACCUCUAGUGGAGACUUUGGCUGUGGGGGUCCAGGAAUGAACAGUCUUUCAGUGUUUAAAACAUAAAAAAAAAAAAAAAAAGUGGAUAAAGGGAUGGUGGCAAGGGACUCCAGGCACUAUAACCAAUUCAAUGAGAUUAAAUGGUUAUAUAUAUAUAUAUAUAUAUAUAUUUUUUUUUUUGUUUCUAUCUGCAUAGUGCUAAAGAGAAAGGAGGUCAAAAUAUGAAGCAAAGUAAUGUCUCAUCUGGACACGGUAGAAGUUUGGCUCCAACUGUACAUAAAGUGAUAAUGGUCCUAUUUUGUUCCCAUGAUAUCCUACAUUAUAUUCACGAAAUUGAAUGAGCUUGGUAGGAAGUAGGGGUGUAGUCAGAUGGGGCAUACAAACAAUGCAACUGCUGUAACAGAUCUAUUCCCCCCCACCCCUCCCUCGCUCCACUCUGGCUGCCCCCUCCUGCCAUGGCUUUAAACAGAUACAGUUGGCAAAUAAGCAUGGAUGAAAUUCAUUCCUGACAUAGAAUCACAUGACCGGAACAUGUUAAGAUACACUAAUAUAUAAGGAGUGUAACAAAUGGCAUGAUUCAUGGGGUAGUUCAUAAAUAUCCAACAUUGUAUUUGCUUGUCUGCUCUUGAACUGAAUACAUAUCAGCAGCAGCUUCACCCUGGGAGAUCUUCUACAUAUCUUGACUUAUCUCUGAUAAGAAUCAUAAAUAAAAAAUAAACAUAUGCCAUUCUGUGUUAAGAGUAAGCCUUUCAUUUCUCACACUCACUCUCAAUCAUCUGGCAAUUCUUUGUACACGAAUAAGCAAUGUACCCUAAACAGUGAUACACACUGACACAGCCAGACACGUACAUGGGAUUCAAUCCGUAAACAGUGGAUUGCAAGUAAACUGACACAGCUACAGACCCAAAAGGACUUUAUUCACUAAACAAAAGUUUGUGGUUUAAAAAAAACCCCCAAAAAAACACACACACAAAAAUUUAUUAUUUAUAAAGCACAAAUAAAUUUGUCCAUGCUGUACAAGAGGUGGAUUAACAAACAGUUACAGGAGGAACAGGUAUACAGGAAGAGAAGGGAGAGCUCCGCUCAAACGACUCACGUUGAGGACUUUUUUUCCAUUAAAUUUGAUAAUGCAAGAAUCUAUCUGCAGGACUUAUUUCAUUGUAAAGGGUUUGUUAUAUAAUCUAUUCUAUUAACAGUAGGGGUGACAUGUAUACUCUUUAAAUCCACUAUUUAUUUAUUUUGGCACGCAGAGCAUGUCUUUGUUACUUAGAUUAGACUAUGGUCAUUAUAAGAGGUAUACACAGGGAGUCCCCUCACUGUUUACUGGGUCUCUGGGGACAAGAGGCUGAACCCUGGCAGAGCUUUCAAAAAUAUUGGCUUGGUGAACAUAAAAUAAAAUUCAGGCCUGCUAGAGCAGGCUCCUUCCUAACUGCUGGAAGACAGGAAAAACAUGAGCCUUCUACAGAGGGAGAGGGAUUUAUAAAAGGGUUACUAUAACCCUUUGGAGAAGGUUGACCUUUCCCAUGUAAAAUACCCUAUGGGUCACUGUGGAGAAGGCCCCCUCUCAAUUGGCUGUAAAACCUAUUUAAAAAAAAAAAGAAAGAAAAGCAGCUUGAAUCCAGCACAGAGCAAAGUUGGCAUUGCUCUACUAUGCCCCCCCCUGACAAGUGGGGUCACGUGCUGUCCAAUCACAGGCUUCUCAGAGACCAGCGACAGUCCUGCAAGUUGCAAGGUGGGCCUCCAUGGAUCAGAUUUUUUUGUUCCUGCAUAUCCCACAGAUGCUCAAGCAUAUUGAGAUCUGGGACAGUUGCAGGCAAAGGAAUCACCUUAAACUCUCUCACGUCUCUUAAUCCAUUCCUGAACAAUUUUUGCAGAGUGGCAGGGUAUAUUGGCCUUCUGAAAGAGGUUAUUGCCAUCAGGCCCGGACUGGCCAUCGGGCACACCGGGCAAAUGCCCGGUGGGCCGCGGUGGCCGUGGGGCCGAGACCGGCAGGGAGAUCACAGGAUCUCUCCUGCCGGUCUUUGCAGGGCCGGCGCUAUCUGAACACCGGCCCUGCAGUAGUCUACAGUGGGCCGGUGGGGAGAUCAGAGAUCUCCCUCACCCGCCCACAUAGAGAAUAUUGCGGCCGCCGGGGGAGAGAGGGAGGGAGACAGCCUGCCAGCAGAGGAACCCCAGCGGAGCUUUAACUUACAGCUCCGCCGGGUUCCUCUCGCGAGAUUCGGAGCGUUGCCAUGGCAACGCUCCGGGUCUCGCGAGAGUGAACUCUAGCCCAACAGGCUAGAGUUUACUCACCACUUGGACCAUCAGGGAUGGAUGGCGGCAGGAGUAGCAGGAUUCCCCCUCCCAGGCAUAAGGUAAGCAGGGAGGGGGGAUAUAAUCAGGGGACAGCAGGGCUCAUAACACUCCCAGCACCCUCACUCACACACACACACUGCACCCCUGACACUCACACACACACACACACACUGCACCCCUGACACUCACAGCACCCUCACACACACACACUGCACCCCUGACACACACACACACUGCACCUCACACACCCACACACGCACACCCCUGACACUCACAGCACCCUCCCACACACACACUGCACCCACUCUCACUCACACACACACACUGCACCCCUGACACUCACAGCACCCCACACACACACACAGCACCCUCACACACACACACACACACUGCACCCCUGACACUCACAGCACCCUCACACAUACACACACUGCACCCCUGACACACACACACUGCACCCCUGACACUCACACACACACACACUGCACCCCUGACACUCACAGCACACACAGUGCACCCUUGACACUCACAGCACCCUCACUCACACACUACACGUCUGACACACAAAAUGCACCCCUAACACUCACAGCACCCUCACACACACACAUUGCACCCCUGACACGCACAGCACACACACUGCACCCCUGACACUCACAGCACCCUCACACACUGCACCCCUGACACGCACAUCACACACCCUCACUUACACACACUGCACCCCUGACACUCACAGCUUCCUCACAUGCAUACACUGCACCCUCACACACAGCUUCCUCACAUGCACAUAGCACCCUCAUGCAAACACAGCACACACACACACACACACACACACACACACUGCACCCAUCACACACACAGCACCCUUACCCACAUAGCACCUUCACGCAAACGCAGCACCCAUCACUCACACUGCACCCCUCUCUCACACACACUACACCCCUUACACACACACACACACACACACACACACAGCACCCUCACACACACUGCGCAAUAUGCUUUCUUAUUUUCUCCCAUUUUUUUCAUAUUAAAUUAUGUUUCAUAGCUAAAUAUUUGAUAUUAAAUGAAAGCCCUGUUUCCCCUGAAUAAAAUGAUAUAUAAUAAGGGUGGGUGCAUUUAAUAUGAAAGAGGUGAAUUACGGUUGGACAGACAUGUAGCGCAAAUGCAAGAUUUUGUUUACAGUUUGUUUUGUUCACAACAUGUACAUUUGGCUCCGUCCUUAAGGGGUUAAAAUGCUCUCACUGCUUGAUCACACAGAUCACUGCACCAACCACUCUAAGGUGACAUACCUCCCAAGAUAGGAGAGACAGUCCCAGUGUAUUUUCCAAGAGCGCCAUAUUGUUGGUGUGUCUGAGUGUAUAACAGAUCUCCACAGCAAUAAUAAGUCACAUUGAGCAUUUAAUCUGAUAAUUGUGUUAAUGUUUAAAUGUGAAAUCAGUCUGUAUAAACAUUGUUCUUGUUCUAAUUUACAUUUUAGUUGCAUAAAUUAUCAUUAGUAAAUCACCUAAAAUAUCUCAGAACAGCCUUGCCCCUGGUCACACCCUUACAUUUGAAACGCAAGGUAAGGUAAGGUAUGCAAUGAGGUUUCAGACAAUAGAGAGUAUCUUUACCUAAUCCUGCAGUUCAAUUUUUCAACAAUUUUUCCUGAUGAUGUCAUUGAUGACAUAAUCUGACUAUAUGGCUAACAUGGAAGUUUGUUUAUGGUAAUUCUCAUGGGAAUUGGUCACUGUAGGAGUCACUAAUAUUGGCCCCAAAGGACAACAAAGGUGAUCCUUAGGUAAUGAGUGAUACUUCAGUCUCCAUGGUGCCAUCAGGGUAAGAAUCCUGUAGGAUGAAUUAUUCUAUUAGAGAGCUGGGCCUAGAAGACCACGAUGGAAUAAUCCUAUCAAGGGGAUGGAAAGAAGUUAAAUGUAUCUAAAGAUUCUCUAAAAAAUUAUCAGCUCUAAUAGAAAGAAAAUGAAACUCAUGACAAUUACAGUAAAAACCCAACCCUGAACUGGAAUUUCUGUUGUUGCAUUACCAAUGAUGGACUACUUCCAUCCUCUGGAAUAAAAAUUGUUUCCAAACAAACAAAAAAAAGUGCUCUGUGCAGCCUGCUCACUACCUGUCACAGAACAUGUACAGGAAAGAUUGGCAGCUAUGUAUUACAGUGAAAUUUCAAGGGAUACUAUAGGCAUCCAGACCACUUCACCUCAACAAAGUGGUCUAGGUGCCAUAUCCCCAUGCCCUUUUAAAACUGCAUGUUCUAUAGAAUGGCAAGGUUUUCAUUGCACAGUUUAAAUGCCUCUAAUGGAUAUCUCUCAGACAUCCAUUAGAGGCGUUUCUGAUGAAAAUAGCAGAAUAAAACUGAUAUUUCAAUCAGAUUGACUCAUGGAGAUCGGUUGAAUGGCACAAAGCUGCAUUUUCCAGCGCAUGCAUACUAGCCUCCAAAUGCUUCCUGUGGGAAAGCAUUGGAUUGGCUGAGAUCAUUGAUCAUUGAUCUCAGCCAAGGAGGCCGUAGAUGAUAGGUUGAUGGCAGGGAUUAGACCACCACUGCAAGGGAGAAAUGAUAAGGUGGGUCCAGUUAGAGAGGAGGCAGGGAGUGAAGCAGUCAAAGCAUUACUAAUAGGUUUACUACGUACAUUUGGGGGUGCUGGAGCAUGCCUGGCAUCAUAGUGAGAUGUAGUGGUUAUGGUACUUGAAAUGUUCCUUUAAUUAUUGCACAAUAAUAAGGCUAUUGCAUGCUACAUUGCACUUUUCCUCAUUGACUCACAGUUCCUCCCAAUAUAGAAAUCCCUCAGGUCACAUUACCUGAAAAACCAGCUGAAAUGAAAGAAAAACAUUUAAGUUGUUUAUUAGAAAGACUUAGCGUUAUACACUAAACUCUGAAUUGUAGUUAAUGGAAAUCUAGAUGGAGAAAUUCUGCAAAAAUAGCUGGUCUGGAAGAAUUCUUCAACUCGGCUAUAGUCAAAGCUCAGCUGUUUUAAAGCCUAAAUUUUGCAGUUGGAAUUUCAGUUCCAUAUAAUUUGGAGUUUCGUGAAUAAUGGUUAGUGUUAGUAAUGUAUAGUGAAGGGGUGUGAUGGACUGUUUGCUCUGCUUGUCCACUGGGCCCCUGUUCUCUCUUCUGCUUCACCCCUGCUGAACUAUUCAGCUGUUGUCGAGCAACAUUUCCUAGUAAUGGGGCAAACUGUUUAGCAAUGGUUUGCCACGUACUUUUGCCAUAUUUUUACCCUACUAUGGCUGCUGACUAGCAUUUGGCUUCUGUAGAUAUCGGCCUCAGUCGAUUGUUAAUUGGCAAAGAACGGCAUCUGAGCACUCUCAGUCAAUAAAUGAACUUGUAUGCAAAGAAAUAUGCACAGAAUUGACAUUAGCCAGUCCAAAACAGAUGACAUUAGCCAUGGCAAAACAGAUGUGACCUAGAGACCCUCAACAAUAAUCAUCCAGUAACAUUCCUGAAGAACCUCCCUGGAAAGAUAAGGAAGGGGGGACAUGACUGAUAACGGGGAUAAGGGGAUGGAUCUAAGGGGAUACUAUGUUUCAACUUAAGGACAUAAGAAGGGGUGAAAAGGGAGGGUACUCUCCUGACAGAAGUGUAGUAAAGCUAGCUUUUUCACAGGGGCUGUAGAUUUCCUAAUAGAAAAAAGAAAACAAAUAUAUAAUAAGAAUAUCACAAAAAAAUAUAUAUAUAUAAAAGGGAAAGGGGUUAGGAAUCUCCCUAGGUGACAGGCAAGAGACAGGGUAUCGGGCCAGGAUGUAUGCGCUGUCCAGAGAGGCAGUGGUGGCCUUGUUGCAGUCGUACCUUGAUUCCCAUGGCUUCGGUUCGUUGGAGGAUCUGCUAGCCGGUGUGGAGGGAUGUCCGGUAGUUAAUGUUUGUCUUAUUAUUUUUUAAUGACAUAGAGAGUGUUAGGGUUGAUAGGAGUCUCACAUCAUCUCCAAUAUUCACUAGAUAUGUGCAUUUGGAUUUGGCUGAACCAGACUAGGAUGAAAAUUGGUUGAUACAGCCUUUUGUCCAAAUCCCCAAACCGCAUAAUAGAGAAAUUAACUAACUUAGUUUUAUGGUUACAUAGGUUGAAAUAUCUCUUGAAUCCAUCAAGUUCAGCCUUUCCAAAAGGCACAGUUUAAAGCUCCACAAAAUAGGGGGCAAACAUUCUUUCUUGACCCCAGAAUGUUUAUAUUAUGAAGAUGUUAACCCACAUAUUAAAUAUUACAUCCCUGACUAUUAUAGGUGGGUAGGGAUUCUGUAAGGUGGGUAGGGGGUCUGUAUGGUGGGUAGGGGGACUGUGAGUGGGUAGGGUUUCUAUAAGGUGGGUAGGGGGACUGUGAGUGGGUAGGGGAGCUGUGAGGUGGGUAGGGGGGAUGUAUUGUGGGUAGGGGUUCUGUAAGGUGGGUAGGGGGGCUGUAUGGUGGGUAGGUGCUGUGUAAGGUUGGUAGGGGGGCUGUAUGGUGGGUAGGGGGACUGUGAAUGGGUAGGGGGGUUCACUGACUAACUGACAGACAGACACACUGACCGACACACACUGACAGAUAUACACAACAGACUCAUUGACAGACAGACACAUACACACACACACACAUUUCCCCCCAACACUCACAGAUUAUAUUUUAUUUUAAUUUAAAUCCACCCAGCCUCCGUACGUUUGGGAGAGCUGGGUGGAUUUUUUUACCUGGGUUCCAGUGGGGCUGCUAGCCGGGGCUAUUUGGGUAGGAAGGCAGGCAGCCGGUUAAACUCCAGGCGGGCGGUGAGGGAGCGCUAAUUUGUGAGCUCUCCCUGCUCAGCUCCCUCGCAUGCCGCAGAGUGAUGUCGGGAAUAUGGCGCCCUAGUUUUGGUGGUUUGUUGCUUGGUGUCCUGUUGUUUUUUUGUGUUGUCACAGCUUGGCAGGUUUCCUGGACAGCGCAGCUGCAAAGGGAGCAAGUUGCGCCAUCACUGUGGGGAGACGAAAGGCUGCACAGAGCUGAUGGCAAGUAGUCGGCUGCUGAGUCUCAUGAAACAAAAGGUUGGAGAACUGUUAGGCAACUGCCCAACAGCUGACAGAGUUUGUAUAUUGUUAAAUGGUUAUUGUGACAGACCGCCUGGCACCCCGACCGGGUACCUCCAUUAAUCGCUGCUCCCUACUACUGAGUACCAUAAGCACUGUGCUUGAACACCAUAACUACUGCAAAUCCCACGAAUCACCGCAGCUUGGUUGGGAUCUCGCUGUCUCCUACCCACCCUGGAACUAUGACCAGAAUCCAGCUUCCAGUGGGUAGGCCUCUCUUAGUCCCGAGAGCGUAGCAGGAACAGCUCUUACAAGAGCUUAGUGAUUAUACUCAGGGGAGUAUAGUAUAUAAGAGCUAUAGUGAUUAUAGCAAUCCCCAGAGUUCUCCAAUCCUCCAAACAUGAGCCAAGACUGCAAGAUGAUCUCAGAGUUUAAUGGUACAGGUUGGAUUUUUAUACAACUUUUCAGGCCAGAGGAACACCCAGAUCAGACGCGGCGAGGGAGCGGUGUCCACUCUGCUGCCUCUCGCGCCACGCGCCGUUUGCAGAUGCCGGGAGCCGGAAUAUGACGUCAUAUUCUGGCUCCCAGCUACUGUAGACAGCCGGCGGGGCGAGAGGCAGCAGAGUGGACACCGCUCCCUCACCGCGUCUGGAGACAGGCGCCCGACCCACUGGACCCCAGGGACAGGUCCACGCCAGCUCUCCAGGUAGGGAGGCUGGGUGGACAUUUUUUAAUAAAAAUAAAAAUAAAAAAUUGUACGUGUGUGUGUCUGUGAAUGUAUGUGUGUGUGUAUAUGUGUGUGUGUCUGUAAGUGUGUGUGUGUGUGUAUCUGUGAGUGUGUGUGUGUCUGUGAGUGUAUGUGUGUGUGUCUGAGUAUGUGUGUGCACGCGUAUAUAUAUGUGUGUUUGCACACACACACAUGUAUAUUAUUUUUUUUGUGGGGUGGGAAUCUUGGGAGAGUUCCCACACUUUAUUCCCCAGGACUUCUCUGGAGAUCUCCGGAUCUCCCCUGUCGGCUCACGCUAUCUGAGUGCCGGCUCUGCUCUAAGCCUCCAUGGGCUGGCGGGGAGAUCAAAGAUCUACCUCACCAGCCCACAGCAGCAUGGAGGGAGGCAGCAGAGGACCCGGGGAGCUCUAGACAGCAGCUCCGCCAGGUUCCUCUCACGAGAUCUGAGCAUUGCCACGGCAACGCUCAGAUCUCGCGAGAGUUAACUCUAGCACCACAGGCUAGAGUUCACUCUCCACUGGACCACCAGGGAUGGCACAUGGCAGCAAGGAUCCCCCCUCCCUACAUAAGGUAAGAAGGGAGGGGGGAUAUUUACUAAUCUGCCCCCACCUCCACAAUCCCUCCAAACAUACAGCACACACACACACAUACAGCACCCUCACACAUACAGUACACUAACCGCACCCUCACAAACACACACAGCACCUUUACAAACACACAACACCCUCACACACAGCACACUAACAGCACCCUCACAAACAAACACACACAUACAAACAGCACCCUCACAAAUACACAACACCCACACACAUCACACAAAUGGCACCAUCACACACACAGCACCCUCACACAGCACAGUAACAGGACCCUAACAAACACACACACACACACACACAAACACCCUCACACACAGCACACUACCAGCACCCUCAAACACAAACAGCACCCACACAAAUACCCUCACCCACAUAGCACACUACCAGCACCCUCACACCACCCUCACACAGCACACUAACAGCACACACACAGCAGUGUAUGUGUGUGUGUGUGUGUGUAUAUAUAUAUAUAAAAUACAUAUAUACAUAUGCGGCGUGUGUUUGUGCUUUAGGGUGCACACCCUAAUGCAAUAGGCCGCGCACGCCUAUGAUGACAUCAUUGCAAAUCAUGUGAUUGCUGCAUGGAAAUGCAGUAGUAAACAGUUAACAGCACCUCAAGGAAGCUUGAAAAGUAGCUGGAACAUCAGCAAGACAAUGUAAAACAAGAAAAAUAUCAAAAAGCACAUAGUAUUCUUAAGCCAAAGGGCACUAAAGACUUAUUAAAUCAUUAAAUCCCUGGGAAUAAAAUUUUAUUAAAUGACAGGAGGCUUUAUAUUUGCAUUCUUUCUUUACUGCACCUCCAAUGGCAGCAAAAAAAUACAUUGCAAUAGAUUAACCAAUCAGAACAGAGAACAUAAGAACAAAUAGACAAAAGGUCAGGCACUCAGUGACACUUGCUCUUUCUUUGCUGCUCACGUCUCCAGAUCAGGUCAGAGUAUUGUUCUCCUUAUCCUUGACAUUAUUAUUACCUCUUGAUUGUUCAAUUAUUGCCCAUUAUAGGUUAUAUGACUUAUUGGUCUCUUAUGUUUAUUUGUUACCCUACUUAUAGGGUACAACAUCUCCUAGCAUCUAAUAUGUGGAGCACAGGCCAUGUGUCAGCGGAGAUGUCACUGUCAAACUUUGAAAAUAUGUGUUUGGGAGCUCUUUCUGGUAAGAAAAAGCUACCGAUAUGCUACCAGACCUUAAAUACACAUAAACACAUAAAAGCACUAUACUCACAUGCGAAGGAAUGGUCGAAAGACUGUGGGAAGGACUGUGACAGACCACUCAAAAGAGGUGUGUCAACAGCCGUUUUUUAACCCAAUCAAGGAAAAGGGGUGUGACCGGGAGAUACCAUCAUCUAGUCUGGAACCCUAUUCGGCUUGAGCGUACACCACGAGUCAGUAACACUUUAACUAGAGCGCUUUUAGGCCCUGGCCCACGGAUCGCAACGCUAUUUGACUGGCCUAUGCUGGAUGCUGAGAGGCAUCUAAGGACACCUUGCUCAUGGGGGAGCUCCCCAUAUUAUUCAAAAACGCCGUAGUUAACUAAUGACCGAGGAGACCCACCCAGGACAUUGGAACUGAGCUCCGAUCCGGGCACUUUUUGGACACAGUGAGCGCUCCAAAAAGACCUUUCGGUAGAUAUAGGGCAUGGCACGAUGUAUAUAUGUUUUAUGUAUAUUUUUGAUGUUUAUAGGAUUUUAUGCUGACACUCUGAGGGCAUAUUGUGGAUGUGUUUUUGGGCGUGUUUACUGUACACUGAAAUUGUAUAUACGUGGGCCAUCUGGCCAGAAUAAAAUAGUUCUUCUUCACCCUUCACUAAGUCUCGACUAGUGUUUGGGUUGCAUCGUGGUUACUCUUCUGCAAGCGUCUAUAAUCACUGGCAGGCGGAUCACCUGGCACCCCGACUGGGUACCUCCGUUGAAGGAUGCUCCUAGCACCUUCUGAGGACUCCAAGCACUGCAGCAGACACCACAACCACCGAACCGGAGAAGCAUACGAAUGCUCUCAAGCAUAUGAAUGCUGUAAGCAGCUGAACAGGAAAAGCAUACAAUCAGCUUAAACUCCUGGCAAUCAGCACACAAUCCAAUUCCCCCAAUAACGAGACGACACUUCGUUUUGAGGUCAAGCAGAACUGACUGUACUGGCACAUACAGCCUCUUUUAUUCACAAUCCACAAACAUAGUACUGCCCACAGGCUUUUGAAAAACAACCAAUCAAUCCGUACAAUACACACAGACACUCCCACACAAAAUCCUCCCCUCUGCCUGUGAUAUGAUUACUGAACACAGUGGUUAAUAUAAUUAUCACAGGCAGAGAAAUACAGUAUUAUAAAACAUAUCACAGGGACCCCAAAACAUGCACUACCCCCAUAGAAAGUAUAUCCUCGGAACCAGGGGAUCUGGAUGAACCACAUAUCCAAACUUCACCCAGAUCCGUACAGUAGUUUGGAAGAUACGGUUUAAUGCAGAUUCUGCGGAACAUAUACAAGCUAUAUGAAAAAUAAUUACUGUAUAAUGUGUCCCCUGUUGUAUAGUUUAAAACUACUGCACAAUGUCUUUGCGCACCAAAUACCGGCGAGAUCGCACCGUGUAGAAAAGUCCAAACAGUGUCUGUGAGUUAAAAUGGCCGCCAUCCAUUGUUCUCACCAUGUGCUUCAUCCAUUGUUCUCACCAUGUGCCUCUGAUACAUGAAAUGGUGGCCACCCAGUAACUCCACAGUAUGUCCCCAGAUGAUUCUUAAAGGGCCAGCAGCAGCACAACACAAAUCCAUUAUGCCCAAAUCAUGUCUUUAAAGGGCAAUACAUCCCAGGGGCCAUAGUCACAUGGCAGGAGGCUGGCAAUCAGUCUUCUCCAAUGCCCAGUGGCGAGGUCGGUUUCACCACAGGCGGCUAUAAUUACUCUGGAUCACAACUGGAAGGGGCGACCUAGGCGGUAACAACCCAUCUCCGAGAGGGUAUAACAUCACAAGGACAUGCCCAAACCCAAAUGUAGGGAAAUCUUCACGAUGUUCAGGGGAAUAUCACAUUGUGCACCUUGAGCUCCACAGGAAGAUCGUACUGCACUGGCACAUGGUCCUGGUUAGACUGGCGCGCAUGGUUGCCAUGGUGCGGAGAUGUGGGGAACAGAGGUUGAGGUGCCAACGCGUAUUGGGAAUGUGGGAAGAGGUCCAAUCUCUCAUAACGGGGACUACGGUACCCUUAAAACCUACAACCAUGUUACUACUGCUUAUGCUGGAUCAUAUUCCAUGGGAACAUAAAGUGGUAGCAACACACAUCCUAUAAGCUGAUUUAUUCCUUAUAGUAUUAAAAUAUCAAAAAUCUAUCCUACCCUUGGUAGGGGAAAUCACAAAAGUCGUUUCCAGAAAUAAACAACAUGAAAUUGCCUAUUUGGUCCUAAAGGUCCAAAAGAGAAAACAAUUUCAGACUGGCAAACGUGGAUAGACUAUGAGACUCUAUUACAACAACAAACAGUUUAAUGCUGAUAUGGAUGAAAAAUUGUGGGCGAGAGAGGCUGAGAGGGGGAUAUUGCAAAUAUUUUUCUCAGUAUUAACGGAGAUUACUCUGCAAUACCAGCACCAGCCAGUAGGGGUCACUGUGUAGGAGAGAGGCAGGGCUAGGAAGUUACAGCAUCUCCCUGCCUCUCUCUACUUACUGAUCCGCGGGGGAGCAGCUACACAGCACAGAGAGUUCGGACAGCUGAGACACAUGGGUAUGCUGUGAGACAUAGGCGGACACAUAUAUCUUGGGACACAGUAUCUCCAUCUCUCACAGUGUCCCCAUGUCUCCCAGCCAGUGUCCCUAGUGUCUCAGUGUCCCCAUGUCUCCCAGUGUCCCCAUGUCUCCCAGCCAGUGGUCCAGAGGCGUACACAUGACCCAUGGGACCCCCGGUGCGAAAAUUGAUCCGUGGCCCCCCCCGCGCUCGGGCCGGGCCGCAACACAUGGCGGUGGGCACCUGGUCGCAGGGGUUACAGGGCUGCGACCGCGGUAUGUACGCCAGUGCAUGCAGAUGCACACACACUUAAAGGACCACUCUAGGCACCCAGACCACUUCAGCUUAAUGAAGUGGUAUGGGUGCCAGGUCCAGCUAGGGUUAACCCAUUUUUUCAUAAACAUAGCAGUUUCAGAGAAACUGCUAUGUUUAUGAAUGGGUUAAGCCUUCCCCUAUUUCCUCUAAUGGCUGUCUCACUGACAACCGCUAGAGGCGCUUGCGUGCUUCUCACUGUGAUUUUCACAGUGAGAGCACGCCAGCGUCUAUUGGAAAGCAUUAUGAAUGCUUUCCUAUGUGACCGGCUGAAUGCGCCGGAGGAGAAGAGGAGGAUCGGAGGAGGAGAGCUCUCCACCCAGCGCUGGAAAAAGGUAAGUUUUACCCCUUUUCCCCUUUCCAGAGCCGGGCGGGAGGGGUCCCUGAGGGUGGGGGCACCCUCAGGGCACUAUAGUGCCAGGAAAACGAGUAUGUUUUCCUGGCACUAUAGUGGUCCUUUAAAGGACCACUACAGACACUAAGAUAACAUCAGCUCAAUGAAGUUGUCUGGGUGUCAGGUCCCUCUAGUUUUAACCCUGCAGCUGAAAACAUAGCAGUUUCAGAGAAACUGCUAUGUUUCACUGAGGGUUAAUCCAGCCUCUAGUGGCUGUCUCACUGACAGCCGCUAGAGGAGCACACUGAACGUCCAUAGGAAAGCACUGAGUAAUGCAGUCCGGCGCUGGAGAAAGGUAAGUGCUGAAGACACACACACACACACUUACAGACGCAUACACACUAGCUAACAGACACACACAUUUACUGACAGACACACUCAGCGACAGACAUACAUACACACUCACUUACAAAACAUACACUCUCAUUUACAAACAUAAACUCACUAACAGACAUCAAACAGACUCACUAACACACACUCAGUAAGACACACACAGUAACACACUCACUGACACUCACUAGCAGACACACACACUAACACUCACACACACUAACACUCACUCUCACUCUAACACUCACACACUCUAACACUCACACAUUUAUUUUUUUUUAAAUGUAAUCCCCCCAGCCUCCUUACCUUUUGGAGUGCUGGGGGGAUUCCCUGGGGUCCAGUGGUGCUGCUGGGCGGGUGGCCGGUUGGGCAGGCGGGCGCGCGAGGGAGCACUCAGUGCUUCCUUUUCAGCUCCCUCGCGCGCCGCGUAGGGAUGCCGGCGCCGGAAGAUGACGUCAUCUUCCGGCUCCGGUAUCAGUGCGGUGCGCGAGGGAGCUGAAGAGGAAGCACUGAGUGCUCCCUCGCGCGCCCGCCUGCCCAACCGGCCACCCACCUGCCGGGUGUCAGCAGGGCCAGCCUCGGUGGGCCCUGGGGUGGUCGGCUCCUGGGCCCCCCAGGGGAAGAGGCUGGCCCUGUGGCGUACAUACCGGGUCGCAGGGGCGGCUGGGCCCCCUGGUGGUCCGGGCCCGGUCGCAGCCGCGACCCCUGCGACCCUGGUAUGUACGCCACUGCCAGUGUCCCUAGUGUCUCAGUGUCCCCAUGUCUCCCAGUAUCCCUAUGUCUCACAGCCAGUGUCCCUAGUGUCUCAGUGUCCCCAUGUCUCUGUGUCUCUAUUGCCCCCAUGUCUCCCAGUGCCUCCCAGCCAGUGUCCCAAUGUGUCCCCUAGUCUCCCAGUGUCUGUGUUCCCAUGUCUCUCAGUGUCCCUAGUGUCUUAGUUUCCCCAAAUGUCUGUAUCCCCAUAUCUCCCAGUGUCUGUGACCCCAUUUCUUCCCAUGUCCCCAAGUGUCUCAGUGUCCCUGGGUCUCUCAGUGUCCACAUGUCUGACUGUGUCCCCAUUUCUCUCAGGGUCCCCUAGUAUCCUAGUGACACGGGACAUACUGAGACAUAGGGACACUGGGAGAAAUGGGCAUACAGACACUGAGAGACUAGGGGACUGUGAUACAUAGGGACACUGAUGCCAGGCUGGCCUUCCAAUUCUUUAGACAGACAUGCCCCCUUUUUGGGCAUGUUCGCCCCUUUUGGCAGUUCUGGUCAAGUGAUUCGCGUCAGUGGCCCACACUUUUACCCCACCCAUUAACUUCCUGCUUCACUGGACACUGCUGUUAGGGGGUAUGGAUUUACUUGAAAGAUGAAAGCAUAAACUAGAGAGAGAUUAGCAUAGAGUAUGUGUUUUAUUAUAGCUGCAUCCUUUGAGUUAACCUCCAACACCAACUCCAUCAGAUACACUUGAGAGGUAUGAAAGAUUUAGUGUUUUUGGUCGAUAAAUUCUGUAAUUAGGUCCCAUCAUAGUUGUCAGCACCAGGCCCACUGGGAUCUUAAUCUGGCCCUGGGUGGAGCGGCACAGAGAAGUCGCUGUGAGCGGGGGUCAGAAGCUGCCGCUUGCGGCGAAAAGCUAGUUGAGGGUACCGCGAUUUGUUAAUGCAAAAGAGCGGCAAUCUUUUGGUAUGAAGAGUAGCCUAAGCGAUUGACAGACACGUAGUUCUAUUCCUCCAUUUUUUCUCUAUAAAUUAUCGUUCUAGUAUGCUCCAUUUGCCUAAUAUUGGUUUCUAAUUGUGCUCAUUUUUGUUAACUGUGCUACGUGGCUUGAGUGGGGAUACUUAUCUCCAACUUAUUGGCAAUUUAUUUCUGGGUGAGCCCCAGGUACGUAUUAGUAUUGCUGCCCAACUGUUCUAUAUUAUGGGGGAGGCCAUAUUAAAACCUUACUUUUUUUUUUUUUAUCUCUCUAUAUCGUACCGUAUAUUCUUUUAAACUGCCUAUCUGUCACACACCUGCUAUACCUGCCCCCUCUGUAACUUAUUAUUGAUAGACAUUUCACGCUUAAUUAUUUAAUGACAAACAUGGAAAAUGUUACGCCCGCUGAAAAUGAUUUACAGAUCAUCAUCAAUGCGACUGUGGCAGCCUCAUUGAAGAGGGCACUAGCUAGAGCUAGUUGGAUCACAACCCACUCCGGAUCAAGAUAACACCCAUUCUUAUUGCUCUUCAGAGCCCAUUAGUUCCUCCAAGUGGCAUGGGAAUUUUUCAAGUUCUAAGGCCUGACAAAGUAAAGGUAAAAUUCCAGCUACAAAAUCAAAAGUAACCUCCAGCCCUGAGGUUCAAGGGAUCUUGAAAUUGCCAUUAGAUUAAAUUAUCAGUGGUGGAUAAGUGGCAAGCAGAGGGCCAUGACUAAGUAUGAUGAUGAUACCAUUCCCACCAACAUUAGGCUUUUACCGUAAACACACUCCCGUGGAUGUGGCCCAUCCAGAUGAGUCCCAUACUUUAAUAGCUUUUUCCUCUCUGUUAACAGGGAGACUCUUCAUUUCUGCAAAAAUUGACUACACUGUCAACAGACUCCUGAAUCCUCUAGACCAUGCAGGGUUACUCCAUUAAUUUCCACACACCCCCAUGAGAGGCAGCGCCACUACCUCCACUGCAUACCAACAGACAACAAAGUUGUCUUAUUCCCAUGGAGCUUCUGAACCUGCUCCAGAAAGGCACUAUUGUUAGGGUUCAUUUUGUUUUUCGUCAACUCUUUUCUGGUCAAGGAAAAGACAGGAUAAUUCUAGCCAAUCAUCAACUUGAGGGUUCCUUUGUCACAUACCACUACUUAAAGAUGGAGGUCAUCCAUCUUCUACGGAAUCUCCUGUAACACAUGGAUUGGUUCAACAGUCUAGAUCAGGGACAGGCAACCUUCGGCACUCCAGAUGUUGUGGACUACAUCCCCCAUAAUGCUCCUACACCUGUAAUGCUGGCAAAGCAUCAUGGGAGGUGUAGUGCAAAACAUCUGGAGUGCCGAAGGUUGCCUAUGCCUGGUCUAGAUCUUAAAGAUUCCUACUUAUCUGUGCAAGUUCACCAGACAAGUCAGCAUUUUUUCAGGUUCCUAUAGGACAGGGGACCAUGAGAAUUAACAUGCCUCCCUUUAGUUCUAAGCUCAGACCCAUGGUGUUUCACAAAACUACUGCUUAUCUUUUCUCCUGAGAAAUCUGCUGCAUUGUAUACCUCGAUGACAUGCUGCUGUUCGGCACAGAGGAGACUUACCUUCACCAACAAACUCAUUAUGCUAUUCAACUCCAUGAAGAUAUGGGUUUCAUGGUGAACAAAGGCAAAUCUGCUCUGUUCCCAUUAUGAACAGUGCAAUUACUAGGUUUCGAGAUAGACUCAUGUAUUAUGCAUUUACCUCUUUCCAAGCUGACCAGCAUCCAUAAACAAUUAGGAAGAGUACUCCAUCUUAACAGGGUUCCCAUACAACUGCUAGUGGAUUGUCAGAUUUUUGUCAGGCUAUUUCCCAAGCCUUUUUAUUACAUAGCCAUGCAACGCCUCAGGGCCCAAUUCCUACACAGGGAACCUUCCUACUAUCAACUGGUACUCCUCUCCACGGAUGUUUGUACAUUACUCAACUGGAGAAACUAGCAUUCUUUUCUGAUUAAUUUCUGGUCACCCAUGUAUUCUAUAUUUUGCCGAAGGUCCAUAAGCAUCCCACACACCCUCUUGGACACUUUAUAGUUACAGGAACCAUUUAUAUGUUUUAAAGUUUGUACACAGAGAAAGUUAGCGGUUUUGGGAAGAACUCCAGGGAGCUCAGGUUCUGCACAUCUGCUUCAGUUGAUAACUGGCACCACUCCCCCUCACUUUGUUAUAUUGCUGAUUAUUUCAUGCUGUGGCACGGGACGGGUUCCCAGUUGGAAUUGUUUAGAAACUACCUGCAGGGUGUUUGUCUGUUAGUGAGAGUGUGUGUGUUUGUCUGUUAGUGAGUGUGUGUUUGUCUGUUAGUGUAUGUGUGUGUGUGUUAGUGUGUGUGUUAGUGUGUUUGUGUGUGAGUGUGUGGCUGUUCGUGAGUGUGUGUGUGUGUGUCUGUUAGUGUGUGUGUUUGGGUGAAUCUGUUAGUGAGUGUGUGUGUGACUGUCAGUGUGUGUGUCUGUUCGUGGGUGUGUGUGUGUGUUUGUGUGUGUGCGUUAGUGUGUAUGUGUUAGUGUGUGUGUGUUAGUGUGUGAGUGUGUGUAUGUUAGUGAGUGUGUGUAUGUCAGGGAGUGUGUCUGUUAGGGAGUGUGUUACUAUGUGUGUCUGUUAGUAAGAGUGUAUGUGUGUCUGCUAGUGACUGUAUGUGUCUGUUAGCUAGUGUAUGUGUGUCUGUCAGUGAAUGUGUGUGUGUGUAUUUAGAAGGCAGGGCAGGGUGGGUGGUGCGGGGGCGGGAGGUGGGUUAGGGGCACAUGAGUUUUGUCAUGCCUAGGACAUCACAAAACCAGGAUACACCACUGGAGGAGACACUGAAUGUUUGGAUGCAUUUUAGGUAGCCAUGACCCAGGUAGGAUCUCUAACAGCCAUCUAAAGAGUGGCCAAUAAAGUUAUCACUAGGCUGUAAUGGAAACACUGCAUUUUCACUGAAAAGACAGUGUUUAGAGGAAAAAGCCUGACGGUAAUGAUUCUACUCACCAGAAGAAAUUCAAUAAGCUGUAGUUGUUCUGGUCACUAUAGUGUCCCUUUAAGCUUGAACUGAAGAUCUAAAAGAAAUAUUCAACCUUUACAUUUUCCAUCUUGGACUUAAAUUUUUGUUAUUCCUCUUACUUAAUAAUAUAGAGAAUAGACCCAUUAGUUUAUUGAAGAAAUGGAAAAGCCAUUUGCUAAAUGGUAAGAUAAUGCAAUAAGCAGAAAGAAAGUAUGGGAACAACAACAAAAAAUCACAUUAUUUCCUGAUGCUGGAAUUUUACCCAUAAAACAUACCUGUAUAUAUUUUAGGGAGACUAAACCAUCAUGCAUAUAUAUGUUAGGGAGGCUUAAUCACUUACAUAAUUGUGCAAUAUGUUCAAAGGAAGUAAGGGAAUAAUAAAUUCACAUUAUUUCCUGAUACUGGGAUUUUACCUGUGACAGAUAGAAAGGGAGGAACAAAAGGAAUGAGUUCUAGAAGUGAGUUAAGAGCUCUGGGUGUCUCCUUACAAACAGAGUAAUGAACAGAAAGUCAUAGGUGCUGUAAUACCAAACGAAAUCUGCGAACACAGAGACGAAAGAAGAAUAAGAAAACAAGAACACAAUGGGAAAUUGGAUUGUUAACCACUGGGUCUCUGCUGUGGUACUGGUAAGGAAUUGAUACAUCUCUGUAUUUAGAGGCAAAUAUUAAUGUUUAGAGUUCUUUAACUCGCAGCUAUUGUAUGUGUGUUGCAUGUAAACUUGGGUACAAAUGCCUGCUUUUUAUCAACACUUAAAAAAAAAAAAAAUCAUUGUGCUCAUGUCUUGUGUAGCACACCCUAUGUUAAUUUGCAAACAGGUAGUAAAGCAGCAUUUUUGCAAAAGUCACUCACAUGUAUUUUAACGAUGAACAGUUACUCACCAGAAUUUUUAGUAUUAUAUUUACUUAUAUAUAUUGUACAAAUAUGUAUUUGUGAGAUCUGAAAAUAUAAAUUGGAAUAUAUACAUUCACACCUCUUUACCUUGGAAACGCAUCUUGGCUCCCUACCGUAGUUAUAAUCCGUAGUUAUUCAGACAGCAUAGAAAAAAAAAAAGCGUUUAGAGAAGCGAUUAAACCGUGUUUUUGUUCAUCUUUUCUUAUUAACAAUGUUUGUCCUGGCUUUGCCUUGUCUUUUUUUAUUCUUUUUUUAAGUGUUGCAUGUAUAAAGAACAAACCAGCAAAAAGAGCAGUAAAUGAAGUCAUAGACGUACAGAAACUGCAUAGAGUUGUCCAUUUAUGUUAAAAUUGGUGAUAAUCAAUAAAUGGAUAAGUAAAAAUAGAUAUGGCAACUUUCCCCCUAUUAUACAUAGAAUCAGUGAGCUUAUGCUUGCAAAAUUCAACUGAAACCUUUUGUCGUUCUGUACACGCCAAGCAUUGUUGGUGAACUGGAACUGCCCAAACCUAAAUUCUUUUAACAGAAUGGUGAUCUGUGCAAGUUCUUUUGUAAAGUGGUAGGUGAUAAUGGGUGAAGGAGGAAGAACAUGUAUUAGAUGUCUAGGAAUAUUCAGAAGUAACAAAUUUCAUGUCUACAUGUUGGUGACCAGGCAGGUAUGUUUAUAAAAACACACAAAAUUAAGCCCUGCACUCAAAGCCCCACUACUCCUGGGUGGCAGCAAUGACUAUAGUAUACACCAUCCCCAAUACAUACAAUAUAAACCAAAGAAAAAAGUUACUUGUGCACUGUCCCAAAUCCCUAUCCACAUUUAAAUAACUAAAGGGCUUUUUUUAGGAUCACUCCAUUGGCCAUUUAAGUGUAAGCUCACAUGCCACAUCUAUGCAAAACCUCCUAGGUGAGUCCUACACUAACAAUUCACCUUGCUGUUUUCAUCCAAAAGGCAAAAUCUCUAAUGAGACAGAGAGAGGUAUUUUUGUAAAGCCCUACAUACUUAUUAUCUCUUAAUAGUGACCACAUGAUGUGAGUGGCAACAUUGCAAUAAAGCUUUGUAAUACAAAAGCAAAUACAAAUGAAGCCCUGCGCUUAAACUCCCACUACUUCUGGGCAGCAGCAGUGACCAUCAUACAGCCCCAAUAGAUACAGUCAAAACCAAAGAAUAGAGUUACUUGCGCAUUAUCCCAAAUCCCUAUGCACAUUUAAAUCACUGGAGGUUUUUAGUAUCACUCCAAUGGCCAAUAAAGUGUAAGCUCACCUGCCACUUCAACGCAAAACCUUUUUGGUAAGUCCUACACUAAUAAUCUCUAGUGAGACAGAGAGGGGUAUUUUUGUUAAACCCCUACACACUUUGGGGUGGGUGGCAAAACUGUAACAUGGCUGUGUAAUACAAUUACAAAUACAAACAUACAAAACUAAGCCACGCGCUCAAACUCCCACUCCUCCAGGGCGGCAGCAGAGACUAUAGUACUUGACAUGGCAAGUAUAAUACUUGAUUUGGCAGGUUACAAUUUAAUGGUUAUUGGAGUGAUACUAAAAAAAAACUACAGUUAUUUAAAUGUGCAUAGGGAGUUGGUGUAGUGUGCAAGUAACUAUUUUCUUCGGUUUUGACUGUAUGUAUUGGGGCUAUACUAUGGUCAUUGCUGCUGCCCAGGAGUAGUGGGAGUUUGAGCAAAGGGCUUAAAUUGUUUUUGCUUCUGUAUUACACAGCCUUGUUACAAUGCUGCCACUUACCCCAUGUGUUCACUAUUAAGGGAUAAUAUGUCUGUAGAGCCUACCUUCUUAGGUAGAUAUGUUUAGAUUUAUGCUCAGGUUUCAACACGGUGAAUAGGGGAAGGUGAAGAUUCUACGGGUAAAUGAUCUGUGAUUUACAUGUGAGUGUGAAGAGUGUGAGUUGUGAGAAAGAGAAAAGAAGGGCAUUAGAGAAGUACAAAAGGAGGAAAGUAUAGAACGAGUCGUGAUUUCCCCAAGUCCCUGAGAGAGGAAUAUAUAGAAAGGGAAUUGUUAAAUUGAAAAUCAAAAUGCUUUAAAAUAUAAUUAUAUCCAUGUCUAUAGGAAGAAUUAAAUGACAUGGGCUUCUAGGGAAGGGCCUAUAUUUCACAUGAGAGGCAGGGGUCCUAGCCUUUGUGGAAAAUUUUAGGGGUGUCAUUCAGUUUCAAAAAGGUUUUCUCAUCACUUGCGUGAGUAGUACUUGUAUCUGGGACCAGAAGAUUUUCAAUUUUGUCCUCAAUAGUGAAAGAAGGUUUCUGUCUCCCCACACUUUUUCCAACAAAGGUCUGUUGGAAUUGUUCCCAUUCUGUGAAGUCUGCUGGGGGUAAGAUAUCAUCUAAAGAGAAUCUUGUAUGCUUGUUCCUUAUGUGUGAUACAAAUGAUUAAUUUACCUAUUUCCUCCUAAAUCUCUGACCAGCUACUUUACUCAUCAGGGGAACUUAAGUCAUGUUCCUGUGCUUCUAUGUGUGGUAGUACAAUUUGUGAGGGAUGUGUUGUUAGCAUGAUGUAUAAUGUUGAAAUUGGACUGGUGCUAUGAGGCCAAGUCGUUCAAAAGUAGUAGGUUGGACCGUGCCUGCUUGUUUAACUAUUGGGGUUGCGGCUAAGUCAAGUAAUCGUAUGAAGCAAAAGAAGUCUCAUGUGGCAGGUUCCUCAUGAUUGGGAAGGUUUGAGUAUUCUAUGAUUUGAAAUAGAGGUACAUCAGCCUUCUAAUGUCCCUAUCUUCAUAGUGAGCAAAAUGAAGUGAUAAUAAACCAGGUGGAAACAUUUCUUAUUGGUGUGAGGGGAGAAGAGGAAUGAAGAGAGCUCAAAUUGUAAUUUGAGUAAGUGAGUGAUAGUUGUGGAUGUGGUCGAAGGAAGGGGUUUAUGCAUAUAGGGGACUCACAUAUAUAAAGAUGGAUAGUUAGGAUGCUUCAGAUCCACCCAGUGUUUGCAAACCUGGUAGUGUGUACCACUGCUUGAUCUGAGAAAGCUGGGCCACAUUAUAGUGUAUGAAAGUGGGGAGUCCAAAACCCCCAUGGGUCUUACAAACAUACAUGGCUAGACCCAUGUCUCCGAGCCUUCCAGAUUAAUUCAUCAAUAGCUGCUUGUAGGCCUUUAAAGUCUGCUCCUUUAAUAGGGAACGUUUGAAAGAGACUGGAAAUCAGGAACAUGUUGAAAUGUGAGAGGGGUGACUAAGAAGGAGGGGUUACACUGCUGAAAAUAGCAAAACAUUUUACAGCACUGCAAGAAAUCUACACAGAAUUGAAAGAAAAGAAACUAACCACGGGUAUUUGAGCUUAUUAGCUUUAAUUUAAGAUACACUUGUUUGCUAUAGAAGGUAAUGUCAGGAAACAGCGCCUGUAGUAGUGUUCUCAAGCUCAGUGAAAUAUAGGGAAGAGAGGAGAAGACAUGGAUAUAGUGUAGUAUGUUAAAUUGCUUGAUAAUGAUAAAUGAAGAAAAAAUUGCACUUACAAUUUUCUGGAGCUUAUAUUCAACUCCAGAUAUAUGCGCCUGGAUGGUAUAAUCCCCGUCUAAGGAUGUGAUGAUGGUCCUGGUGUUCUCUCAGAGGCUUCUUCGGGGUCAGGGUGUUCUGGUAUCAGUGCCAAAAAUCUGUAUCCUCAGUGUAUAGGAGGAGAAAUAAAAACACAAUAUAGUGCUGUCUGUAUAGUCUGGAAUAAAACUAGGAUAAAAAAGUGGCGGUAUACUCACAAGUGGGAAGCAAAAGGAAUAUUGCUCAGUAUAGGAAGCGUAGGUGGAAUAAUAAUAUAUCACAUAUGUACUUAGGAUCUUCAUAAUAUAACAAUAAAAAUUUAAAGAAAAGCAUUUUUUAUUAUAAGAUAAGAGAAGUUAAAAAUAAUGAGAUGGCUUUAAGAGGGGGCACCAAGAUGGCCACCGGGACAUGUUCCUUGGGGACACCAAGAUGGCCGCCACCAGCUAAACGUGAAUAGUGCAAUGAGGGCAUUUGUAGUUAAGGGAUAUAGCAGCCCGGGGUUGAUUAAAAGGGAUAAGGGUGCAAAAGGGGAGCAUCCCUAGCAAAAACAAGCAUUUUCUUUUACUAGGGAUUGCUCCCCUUUUGCCCCCUUAUUCCUUUUAAUCAUCCCCAAGCUGCUAUAUCCCUUAACUACUAAUGCCCUCAUUGAAAACCUACUGAAUUCUGCUGUAUAAAUCUUAUGGUUAUCAAUCACAAAUUAUAGUCAAUGUGUUUUAUAUAUAAUUGAAAUGUUUGUUUUAUUGAUACAUAAAUUAUACAAAUAUCUGUUGUGUAUAAUACUGUCAGGGUUAUUCACGAAAGUGAGAAUUUUAAUUGAAUUUUAUCUUCAAGGACAAAGUAGCUGAACUGGAAGCAUAGAUAAUUUGGUGAUAUAUAAUAUCUUGAGAAGCAUGUGUGCAAAAAAAAACCCCAUUAAAUUUAAAAAUUACUAUUUUUUUGUGUGUUUAGCUCUUGUAGUGAUCUACUAAUCAAAUAACCAGUAUAUUUUUUUAACUGUAAACAUUUAUUCUCAAUUUAGAAAGAUUUUAUCAUUUCGGAUAAACACAUCUUAAAACUAAGUUUCAAACUGAAUUAACUUGCAAUCUAAAUGCUACAAUUUAGGUUAAAGGAGCCAUGCUGUGACCGACCAUGGCUAAACUGAAGAGUGUUCUCCAAAUCAGCUUUUUUAACCUAUGUUUCGAAAUUCAGUUUUAAUUUCUCUACAAUUCUUUUAGACACAUUAUUUUGCAACUGAUAGUUGCCUUGUGCAUUUACAUGAAUUGACAAAAUUUUACCUGUCGAGCAAAAUAACUAAAAUCAUACAAAAAGCAACUGUUGGAAUGACAUUUCAGAAGCUUUUCAAAUUCACUAAGAAUAAAGCCUACUCUUCUAUUCACCAUAACAAUCACUAUUUCUAGAAAAAAGUCAUAUAUGUAUUUUUGAGCUGGUAUCUCUAAUGCAUGUACUGAAUAUUUAAUGUACAUAUAUGUUGGGCACAUCAAACUAUCUGGGUAGUCUACAUCUUUCAUCAUUUGUUCAUGCAUAAUUUUGUGAAGUAAAUUAACUACUACCUUCUGAAUGAAUGUGACUUUUAUUAUUAUUUUAAACUUAAAUGUUUGAAUGUUUUAAAGAUCUCACUCUUGCAUUUGAAAGAAUGCUAUUCCAUCCAUGCUUAACCUCACGUUAGCCAGGAUUCUGGUAAAACAGCCAGAGCUACAUUGCUAGCAUACACCUGUUAGUAGCUCAAGUUAAGUAAAUGGUGAGACAGUGAUAUGUAUUAUUUACUUGUAUAUGUCGAUGAGGUUUAUAACCAUUUUUAGAACUCUUCUACACUUCAGAGAAUGCUUAUCAUAGAAAGCACCACCUAAGGGAGAAUGAACAUGGAUCUACCAGCUGAUUUCAUUAACCCCUUAAGGACCAAACUUCUGAAAUAAAAGGGAAUCAUGACAUGUUACACAUGUCAUGUGUCCUUAAGGGGUUAAAGGGUCAGUUAAAAAUUCCUAACAAUAUAUGCUUAAAAUAUACAGCUUACAGCACUAGGAGGUCCCCCUAUCCUGUCUUCAUGAACUCACAGUAGAACAAUGUUUAAUGACAUCAUUGUGCAAUAAUUACUGUUACUAUAAUUCCGUCCCUUACUCUGUCAUGUGACAGGGAUUCUGCCCAUACAGGUUAGUAUUUAACCCCUUAAGGACCAAACUUCUGGAAUAAAAGAGAAUCAUGACAUGUCACACAUGUCAUGUGUCCUUAAGGGGUUAAACUUGGCAGGCUGCAGUGCAAGGUUGUCUGGGAGUUGUAAUUUAGCCCUCAGCUUUCCAAAGUGGGAACAUAUGCAACAUCUCCUAGAGUCCUGUGCCUUUAAUACCUGCUAAGCAGGGAUAUAUGGAAAAACUCUGACUUUCUAUGGAAAAUCAUGGAACACUGUGGCAGGCUGAUGUGAUUUCCAGGCUCAGCAGAACUCAAUGCAAACGUUUUAGCAAACGCAAAUAUCUUUAUUAUUAUUUUUUUAAUUUAGUUUUUAUUGAUUCCUAACCCAAAUUUCAACCUAGGCAAAAUGAAUCUAUGCCUUGACGUUCCAGCUUGCACAUAUAAUUACACAGUAAUCUAGCUUGGAAAAAAAUACUCAAGUGCAUUGAGUUCAACCUUUAAAACAAUUUUUUUAUGCUACUGAUCUAAAAGAUAGCAAAAAAACAAAAAAAAGAAACAAUCUGAUGUGAUGGACAAUUUUGCCACAAAAAUUUAGAAAAUCCUUCUUGACGCAUUAGAUUUCUCUUUGAAUCAGCACCCUGUUAUUAUUUUAUUAUUUAUGUAGCGCCAGCAAAUUCCGUAGCGCUGUACAAUGUUCACAUACAUUUUAACUAUAUCCAUGAAUAUUCUGAUUUUCCCCCCAAAAUCCAGGCUUUUGGGUAGAAAAUUGUUACAGUAUAACCCGGGUAUCGAGGGUUAAUACCGAAUGAGGGAUUCACCUUGAUACGACCGCUUCAAUUCACCGAACUGGGAAAAUACACGAAAUCCUUUUCUCCUUGAUACGGGACCAGCAACUCUCUAAUACUCCAAUUUCCCGAAUAGAGAAUCAGACAAAGUCCUUCUCUCCUGAAACAGGCAAAAGAAUAAUUCAAAGUAGCAAUCCCCCCAAACACGGGACCAAGCUCCGUCUUGAGGGUAAAACAGGAAUCUGAUUUAUUGAGGGCUACAUGCCCGGUAUUUAUGCAGGUCUCCCACCUGGUGGGCACUCCCCUAGGGGACCAGAUGGAAGACUGGGACCAGUAUAGUAUAGUAGCCAAUCACAGUGGCUCAGGCAUAAACACUCCCCUUUGUACAAGUAAACCCCUCCUCUCUAUCCUGGAGAUAAUUGGGAAGAAAUCCAAUUAUCUCCAUGGAUAGAGGCAAAACGCCAUUUUACAGGAUACAAUAAAAAUACAUAAAAUUCAAUAACUGUAAAACUACUGAAUGUAUUCAGUACAUGUAACGUAUCCCCAGAUAGCCUAGAUCUGAGCACACAUUAUUACUGAAUGACGCACAGAUCCAAUACACACAGUUCAAUCGCCAUGGAGUCAAAGUCUUUCACAUUGUUCUUUCGGUAUACGAAGGGCUCCAUGGGAUGGCUAUCUGGGUUAAGUCCAUUCGUUGAUGGGACACCCUGGAUAUAUGGAGAAUUAUGAUGAAAAACCCGCCGCCCUUUGGAAGAUUUAACCAGACUUACACUAUACAAGGGAGGAAUACACAUCUCCCAGGUUCCCGGAAGUGAAGUCGUGCACACGCGCGUGCAUGCGUGAUGACGUCAUUACUAUGGGAUAGAUUACGACAAAUUACACACCCCCUUUACACAGGAGCAUCUGUGAUUGGCUAUAUCACGAUCUCCUACAACCAAUCAAUGUUUAGACAGGGAAAUAUAAUUGUAAAGAAGCAGGAAGUAAAUUACCAAUUGAAAAAGCCAAAGGGAAUCGGCGAAACGCAUUUUGGAUACACCACCACUAUGUAUGUACUAUAAUUGUUUUUAUAUUCACUAACUUUUGAUAGAAUAAAUAUAAUUCUUUUAAUACAUCAACUGGUGGAUCAUUUAACCUGCUACAAUAAGGGUAGAGUCACCCUAUAAUUGUACUCAUAUAACUGUAUACUUAGAGCCAAGUGACAGGCUCUUUUAAAGGUGAGAAGCAACCUAUAUGUUUGUACUGUAAUAUAUUUGAUUAAGGAUCUCUACACCAGGACAAGUUUCCCUGUUUUUCUUUUUUUCUAUUCACAUGCCUUUGAGAAGUACCUUCCAUAUGGAUCUAUAGGGUAUGUGCCAUCAGAAGUGCACGACGGCGCAAGUGAUUAGAGCCAAUCCAUAGUAGGCUCUAAACCACGUGAGUGCUUCCAAUUGGAAUAUAUUUCUCCAUCUUUAAAUCUAACAGUGUUGCACUAUAUAUUCUUCCCUUUUUCUUUACAGUGAUUUGUACUUAUUCUAUAUCUCCACCAUAAUUUUGGGAGUGAGUAACUUAUUUCUAGCGCUACACACUUGCACUAAUUUGACACUUGUUCCUAUUUUUUGAGCAACUUUAUCUUUUUAAGCGCCUUAUACCACAGAAUAUUUGUUAUAUUUAAUCCAUUCGUAAAAUAACAAGUCCCAAACGGACCAGCGUUCGUAUGGCAGAUGACAAAGAAGGGAGGUCGGCGGUUUCAGCGGUGUUCGGGAGAUUAAGUGUCCGUUUUGGGUUCCAUAAGAUUGUCGUCGAACACCGCUGUUCAUUCGUGCGUCCAAGAUGGCCGCCGCCUCGUGGUCGGCAUACGAAUGACGAAGACCCAGCAUACGGUUUCAAUGAAGAGGUGUCUGCGGUUAACCACAAUGUUCUAAUUGAGGCCAAUAGGUUAACCAGCAGCACAUUUCUCUUCUAGGUGGCCGGCCGUUCGGCAGUUUGUUCGGUAGAUUACAAAAAUAAAUGAACGGGGAAGUACGGAGAGGAAAUUAUACAAAUCCACACGAAUUAAACGGGAUAGCCAUGUAGUUCCAAGACAGAGGGAUCUGUCACAAAAAUUAUGCAUCUUUAUUGUCCUUAUGUUCAUCUGCUAUGAGCAAAAACACCUUUCUUCCAGUCUUGGUGGGUGGCCUGUUGUCUGUUGUAUAUUCCUGCUAAUGUAUAGGGACAUUAUACCCGCCCCCCUUAUUAUUGCAAUAGCUGCCAACUGCUGCUAAGGUGUGGGUGCAAGGAACAUUGUAAGUAGCCAUCAUCUGCUGAACAUGAGUGGGACAGAGGGGGAAAUACAGAACUUCCCCCCACCCACCAUUUUGUAAAUUUUGUAGACUCCACUGGUGGGGCAUAGGGGUCGACAGUUAUCUGUUCACAUUCCAUUAUUUAAUUUAAAAUCCCCCACCCAAUGCCUGUGGCUGGGACUAUGUCCCUCUUUAUUUAACAGGUUCCAUACCCAUGGGCUGCGUCUAUCUAGCGACUGUGCAGCCCGGUUGCUAGCUUUAAACAUUUAGCAGCUAUGAGGCAGGUGGGGGCAUAGGGAGAUAUAAAACCUCCCCUAUAGUAAUAUGUAGGUCUGAUUGACCCUCACAGGGGAUUUUAUUUUUACUUAUUUUUUAACUUUUAUUCAUGUGGCUAGCAAGCCAGUGCCACACACUACAUAAUUAACCGGAUGCAGUAGAUCCAGAAUUUCAGUAAAAUUAAUGUUUUAUGAAUAUUCCAAAUCCUAUGUUUUGCAUUGGAUUUUAAUCCAGACAUCAAAUGCUUCAGGGCAAAUGCUGCAAUUUCACUCGGCUUGACUGAUUAUUGACCUAUUUGGCUUGAGUAAAUAUUUGAAAUGCCGUUGCAAUCAGAAUUAGGUCAUUUUAACCAUCCAGACAAAAUCCAAAGUUUAGUGACUAACCCUGUGUGUGUUACUGUUUUCCCAUCUUUGUAACUGCCUCCCUAACAUAUACAACAGAGUACAGUAUUUACUCUGAGUAGCAGCACUCCAAUAGCUAGGCAGCCAACAAGACCACUGCUUGAUUGCCAAAUAGUGUACUCUCUGUAAUGAGAUUAUUCAUAUUUAUUAUUGUGUGCAACUGGCAGACUCCUGUAGGGAGGACAACAGAUAAGCCUGUUUGCCUGCUUUCCUUCAGCAAAAAUCAAUCAGUCGUUUGUCUAAAACACAUUUGAUGUCAUGUGUUACUCUUAGAAGACCUUGUAUACUGUGUUCAUUUAUGACAUGCAAUACAGAUUCUUUAUGAAAGUGUUUAAGAGAAACAACAGCCACUCAAACGCAAAGCACAGCUACAGGUAAUAAAUGAAUGACAUCAUUUUGUUUAAUCUCCCGAUAUUAGGAAUGGAGGAUGGGCUGGCCAGUAGAAGGCAUGACAGUAGUACUAUGCACAUCAUUGAACAAUGGAGCGGUUCUCCUAAAAGGUUGUUUUUAAGCCUGCUUAUUUCAUACAGUCUUAUAAUAUACUUGACCUGAUUUUGAGGUAGAAUCCGCGCUGUAUUUUCAUAACUUAAGAAAAUUACAGACUAAAUAUCUUAUUGACACUAGAUGGGAAAACAUCUAUGGCAUAUGCAAAGCAUUCCUACUGAAAUCAACAGAAUCAGGCUUAGUUAUCUCAUUAAAAUUGAUGUAUUCAAGUAUAUCUAAAAUGUCCUAAAGAUGGUACUGGUGAUGAUCAUAGGGGGCCAGAUAACCUAGUAAUAACCCUAGAGCCCCUUCAUCUUGCCCAUACUCACAAACAGAGCAAAUACUCACUUACAUCGACAAAUAGUGAAUAGACAAAAACGCUUUGUAGUGUGUAAUUACGGAAACAUAUUUGUAAAAGUGCCAAUAUGAUGACAGAUUAGUUAAUUAUUACUUUGGAUGUAAUUAUUUUGUGUGAUAAUGAUCAGAUGACUUUACAAGAAGUGUGGUCUAGGUGCAUACAGUAAAACACAACAAUCAAACAAUCUAAUCAUUCUACAGCUCUCCUAACCCUGGUCUCAUACGCAUACGAAAUUUCCUCAAUAUCUUCUCUGCUUGUUUGCCAACUAACCAACUACUUGCUAGAUAUGAUUAGUGACCAGAAAGUAUAUUUUAACCUGUGUACAUUUAAAAAAUUUUUUAAAAAUCCUACAGUAUCUCAAACAUGGUGCAACCUUUAUCCUUGUGUGAGAUAAAAUAGUGUAUAUAAGCCCUGGAUACAAUAUGCAAACACAAAAAGAGGAGAGAAACAACCUGUAGAGAAUCCUACUUUUAUAGGCACGUGCCCUUCUACCCAGCAUGCUGGAGGGAGCUCAUUGGGUGGCCCAUGCAUAUAGAGCCACACAGUGGGUAUUACUGAACAGGGGCACGGAUGGUAGCUGUGGCUCUUUAACAGUGUGACUGGAUUCCUGUAGUAUCAGCAGCCUGGGAGGAAGUGUGUGGGAGGGAGAUAAAAGGAAGGGGCGGAGGCAGGGAUGUGUCUACCUCGAGGCAAACAAGGGAUUUGCCUUGGGCGGCAAUUUCCAGGGGGUGGCAAAAAACACCUCCCCCAAAUGCCCAGGCUAAUACCUUGUUUGCAUCGUUUUAUGGGAGCCCAAGAGCUGGCCAGCUGACCACCUUUGGGCUUCCCCGGGGCAGCAGGCGGUUGUUUCUCGGGCAGGCAGCAAGGGAGCACUUUCCCCUGAGCUCUCUGCUCAGCUCCCUCUCGCGCUGCAGGGUGAUGCCGGGUGCCAGAAUAUGACGUCUGCAGCGCGCGAGGGAGCUGAGCAGAGAACUCAGGGGAAAGUGCUCCCUUGCUGGAAACUGCACAUCUGGCCGCCUCCCUACCCAGCAGCCCCACUGGACCCCAGGUGAGAAAUCCACCCAGCUAUCCCAAAUGUAGGGAGGCUGGGUGGAUUUCAAUUUAAAAAAUAAUAAUAAUAAUAAUAAUAAUAAUAAUAGUGAGUGUGGGGAAAUGUGUGUGUCAGUGAAUGUGAUUGAGUGUGUGUCAGUGAAUGUGAGUGUCAGUGAAUGUGUGUGUGUGUGUGUGUGUGUGUGUGUGUGAGUGAAUGUGUGUGUCAGUGAAUGUGAGUGAGUUAAUUUGUGUCAGUGAAUGUGAGUGAGUGUGAGUGUCUGUCAGUGAGUGUGUGUGUGUGUUUCAGUGAGUGUGUGUGUCUGUCAAUGAGUGUGUGUGUUUCAGUGAAUGUGUGUCAGUGAAUUUGAGUGAGUGUGUGUGUGUCUGUCAGUCAGUGCAUGCGUCUGUCAGUCAGUGCGUGCGUCUGUCAGUGAGAGUGUGCGUCUGUCAGUGAGUCUGUCAGUGAGUGUGUGUCCGAGUAAGUGUAUGUCUGUCUAUCAAUGUGUCAAAUCAGUGAGUGUGUGUAUGUCAUUGUUUGUCAGUGUGUAUGAGUGUGUGUCUGUCAGUGAGUGUGUGUCUGUCAGUGAGUGAGCGUCUGUCAGUCAAAGUGCGGCCUUGACAGGAAGGGGUGGGGAAAAUUUAAAUUAGGGGGGUGCUCGAGCACUGUCCUGCCUAGAGCAGCACAAAACCUAAAUACACUACUGGGCACAGGCUGCAGGUACAGAGAGAACUAAGAGAGAGAGAAUCCUUACUCCUAUCAGCCUCCUGAAUAUAAAAGGCAUGUUAACAGGAGUGUGGUUAAAAACAUAAAAAGUAUAACAUGUAUGUAUGUGUAAGUGUGUAUAUGUGUCACUGGGUAUAUCUGUGUGGGAGUGUGUAUGUGUAUCUGUGUGUUAGGGUGUGUGUGUAUGUGUAUCUGUGUGUCAGUGUGUUUAUAUGUGAGUACUGUGUGUUAGUGUGUAUAUAUUUAUGUAAAUAUGUAUGUAUCCCAUUGUACAGCGCUACGGAAUUUGUUGGCGCUAUAUAAAUAAUAAAAUAAUAAUAAUGUAUGUAGCAGUGUGUUUGUAUAUGUGCACACAUCCCAGCAAUCAAACACCAUCACUACAUGCUUUGUUUUGACUUUGUGUUUUUAUCAAGAAACGACAUACUUAUCACAGUCGAUACAUUGCUGUUUUGUCAAUAAAGGGAUAUCAUCUUUUCACAAUAAGGAGUGCUGGACAUCUUUUUUGUUUAUUCUUUACUUUUGGCAGCUGAAACAGCCCAUUUAUUGCAGGGUGGUAUUCCUCUGAAUUAGCUUACACUAUAUAUAUAUAUCUCAGAGUGCUGUCUGUGCUUUUUUCCUGGAGCUUGUAAUGAGCCAUAGACAAGUAUAUAAGUGUUAAUAUAAAAAAAAAAACAACUAUAUGAAACUAGUAUCACUACUGUAACAGUAAAAAACUGAAACGGUUAUGGAGAGUUCAUAUAUGGAAAGAGGGAACUGAAAUGGAAAUAUAGCUGAGUUGGAGCAUUUUGUCGCUUAGCUUUUUGUGGUCUAAAAUUUGAAAUUUCCUCAACAAUGCACACUUUAGAGGAGAACCCUGAUUCAACAAAUAAUUAUGCAAGAACAGGAAGUCAACAAUAUAAGGCAAUAAACUGUCACUCUGUAAAAGAAGAGAACAUAGACAUUGAAAGCCAAAAACAUUCUGGCUGCAAUCACAAUUACUUGAAAAUAUAGAUAAACAUGCAAAUUACAUAACAACUACAACCAUCGUUCAGCCAACCAGUUAAACCAGCGGUUCCCAAGCUGUGUGCCCAGGGCCGGUGCUUGGAUUUUUAGGUACAUAGGCGAAGAUGCCUUUUUCCGCCCCCCCGCACCCCCCCCGAAAAAAAACAUCUUAACCAGCCCCUCUCCCCUCCCUGACCAUUAGUAGUCCCUUCCCUUCCCUUUCCCUUAGUGUUCUUCUCCCCUCCCCCCUCUUUUCCCUGUCUCUUGGUGUUUCUCUCCCAUUCCCUCCCUGUCCCUUGGUGCACCCCACACCCCUUUAGUGGUCACACUCCCCUUCCUGGUGUGCCUCCUACCUCUAUUGUUGUAUUGCCGAGUGGAGCAGAUCCCCUAAAGGAGCUUCAGUUUUCUGUACCCGGCCGGACUGACAGGGAGUGCUCUCUCUGUGAGCACCUCCUGUCAGUCUGGCCAGGUACAGGAAACAGAAGUUCCUGUACCGCGCUCUGCUCCGCUACACUCUGUACACACUGACAGUCACACACUCAAUGACAAACACACAGACGUCACUGACAGACACAGACUCAUUGAUCUGACACACACUCAUUCAUUGACACUGACAGACCCACACUGAUUGACACUCAUUGACAGACACACUGAUAGUCACACACAGACUCAAUGACAAACAUACUCUCACUGAUUUGACAGACAGACACACUCAUACACUCGCACACACACUCAUACAAUCACUCACAGACACACACACUGUCACUCACAGACACACACACUUUGUCACUUACACACACUUUGUCACUUACACUCACAGACGUACACACUUUGUCACUCACACACACUGUCACUCACAGACGUACACACUUUGUCACUCACACACACUGUCACUCACAGACGCACACACUUUGUCACUCACACACACUGUCACUCACAGACGCACACACUUUGUCACUCACACACACACUGUCGCUCACAGACACACACACUCUGUCACUCACAGACACACACACACUGUCACUCACAGACACAGACACACACUCACAGACACACACACUGUCACUCACAGACACACACAGUCACUCACAGACACACACCCAGUCACUCACAGACACACACCCUGUCACUCACAGACACACACACACUGUCACUCACAGACACACACACUGUCACUCACAGACACACACACACAGUCACUCACAGACACACACUGUCACUCACACUGUCACUCACAGACACACACACACAGACACACACUGUCACUCACAGACACACACACACAGUCACUCACAGACACACACACUGUCACUCACAGACACACACACACUCACAGACACACACUGUCACUCACAGACACACACACUGUCACUCACAGACACACACACACACACUGUCACUCACAGACACACACACACAGUCACUCACAGACACACACACACACACUCACAGACACACACACACACACAGUCACUCACAGACACACAUCACAUGCAUUCACUAAUUAUUUUAUAAAUACAUAUUUUCCACCCAGCCUCCCUACCUGGAGAGCUGGUGUGGAUUAUGGAUCGGUCCCUGGGGCUGCUGGGAGGCGUGCGGCAGUGCUGUGAACAGGCGCGGCGAGGGAGCUCUAAUCUCCACCCUCUGCUCCCUUGCGGGCUGCCUACUGAUGCCGCGGGAGCCGGGUUGAUGACGUCAUAUUCCGGCUCCCGCGGCAUCAGCAGGCAGCGCGCGAGGGAGCAGAGGGUGGAGAUUAGAGCUCCCUCGCCGCGCCUGUUCACAGCACUGCCGCGCCGGGGGUCGAGAUGGUGGCCUGGCAGGAGGGAGAGCUUCCCUCCUGCCGGUCACUGAAAUAUUGCGCCCCCAGAGCCCGUGCGCCCUAAGGCGGCCGCCUGUGCCGCCUUAUGGACGCGCCGGCCCUGUGUGUGCCGCAGCGCCGUAUGAUUACUGCUCAUCAGAGAGCAGGUCAAGUGCUGCAAUCCUUUAAGACCGUGACUGGGUCCCUGUAAUGUUGGCCGGCUGUGAAGAAGUGACAGCCUGUCACUUCCUCCAAGCAUCCUGCAUGGAGACAGCGCGGGAGGGAGAGGAGCACAAAGAGCUUGAGACCUCUCACUCCCACAGCAGCAGGACUCCAAGCCACCAUCCUGGCACAUAAGGUAAGCUUACAGGAUGGUGGCUGGAGAUACAAAAAGAAUCACUUGUAUGUGAGUGUGUGCAUGUGUGUGAGUGUAUGAGUGUGUGUGUGUGUGUAUGACUAUGAGUGUGUGUAUGAGUGUGAGUGUAUGUGUUUGUGUGUGUGUAUGAGUUUGUGUGUAUGAGUGUGAGUGUUUGUAUGUGGAUAAGUGAGGGUGCAUGUGUGUGUAUGUGUCUGUGUGUAUCUAUAAGUGUGUAUGUGUCGGUGUCUAUAUGAAUUUGUGUGUAUGUGUCAGUGUAUUUAUAUGCAUCUGUGUGUUAAUGUGCAUGAAUAUCUGUGUAAGUAUGUAUGUGGUAGUUUAUGUGCAUACAUCAAAGCAGUCAAACACCAGCACAACAUAAAAGCACACUCCUGCAAUCUAACACAAAUAUUACAUACAAACACACCCCUGCAUUCAAACAAAAAAAUAUGCAAACACACCCCUUAACUCAAACACAAAUACUUCCCAGAAAUCUACAUCCACAUUUAAAAGUGAACAAUACAUUGAGACACACCCCUGCAAUCAAACGCAAACAUCACAUACAAACACACCCCUGUAUUAACAUACAAUGAAUGUAUACAAGUAUCCCUUCAAACACCAACACUGUACAUUACACUAUAGCGCCAGGAAAUGCAACAGCGCUGUACAGAUAUACAACGUAGAAAUGCUGACUUGGGGUGCCUUGGAAAAAUACUGAAAUAUUAAAGGGACUCUCCAGUGCCAGGAAAACAUAUCCGUUUUCCUGGCACAGCAGGACCCUGCAGUGCCCCUCUCCCUCCCACCCCCCUUCUUAUGUUGCUGAAGGGGUUAAAACCCCUUCAACGACUUACCUGAAUCCAGUGCCGAUGUCCCUCGGCACUGGGUCAGGCUCUGCCCACGCUCCUCCCCCUGCCGACAUCAGCCGUCGAGGGGAGACCUAAUGCACAUGUGAGGCAAUGGCCGCAAGCGCGCAUUAGACCUCCCCAUAGGAAAGCAUUAUUCAAUGCUUUACUAUGGGAAUUCUGGCGACCCUUGAUGUCCUCAUACAUAGCGUGAGGACGUCCAGCAUCGUUUCAAACACAUUUCGUGUUCUAAGAACACGGAAUCCCUCUAGUGGCUGUCUGAUAGACAGCCACUAGAGGAGGACUUAACCCUGCAAAGUAAUUAUUGCAGUUUAUAAAAACUGCACUAAUUACACUUGCAGGGUUAAGGGUGGUGGGAGUUGGAACGCAGACCACGCCAAUGGGCAGAAGUGGUCUGGUUGCCUGGAGUGUCCCUUAAAGGACGCCUUGAACCUCAAAAGUUUGGGAACUACCAAGUUAUACAAUUCCAGGGGAAUGGACUUAUCUUCCUCAUGUAAAUGUGGAUAAAACAGAACACCGAACCUGUCUGGCACAGACCUAAGUGGAGAGAAUCCCAAAGAGCAAAGUUGUAUACAAAGUGGAUAGCCAAAAUGCUUGCUCUUGGUUCCUCAAAGAGGAGGAAGAGAUCGUAAAAAAAACAAAAAAACAACAACUAUAUUUGGUUUGAGUGUAAGAAUAUCACCAUUCAGGCUCCUCUGGUAAUUUGGCAUGGCCUAAUGCAGAGUCUUUCCUACUAAAUAUAUAUGGUGUACAAUGGAACCCUUAUUAGCUAAGGCAAGUGAUUUCUUAUUUACUUGUUUUCAUUUACUAGUUACCUUAACCCCUUAAGGACCAAACUUCUGGAAUAAAAGGGAAUCGUGACAUGUCAAACAUGUGUCCUUAAGGGGUUAAACCAUUCUCUAUUUGCAACUUUCCCUUACUAAUCAUCAAUAUUCCCUUCUCUUCAACAGGCUGCCUGGUUGGGACUGAACAUCUUCAUAUUUGCAUAUUACUACAUGCUCUUUGAGAAAGGAGAACAAUAUGCAUAUACAAGAGUGCUAUUGGGGGUAAGUAAUGCAGUGACACACAUGGAAUGAAAUGAAAUCAUACUUUACUCCAGUUGUCAGAGUUGGGAAGUUAUGGAUAGUAAAUUAAAGGUUUUCCAUGUGCCAACUCACCACAGACUUUCUGUCUAGGGUCUGAUUUUCACUUUCCAAGUUAGAAACUGCUUCUUAAAGCAGCACUGCCAUUUUUUUACCUUUAAAAAAAAAAAAAAGCUUUAUUUCUUGCCCAGACCGAGGUCCUAGGUGCAGCCAUCUUAUUGUGGGCAGAUGAAGGCCCUGUGGGGCAUGUCAUCUGCCCACACUAGAUAGAACUGUGAAACUCCCAUGCAUGCCCAGUUGUACACUUGGGCAUUCGCUGUUGUCCGAAAUUUGGACUGGAAUUUCAGCUGUUCGUUAAUUUGUCAGAAAGACAAAUGAAUGAAAAGAAGUGACAAAGAACAAACGAAGACCAAAUUUCAAUUCGUCUUUGUUCGUUUACUUUAUCACAAGGAGGGAUCUACCGACCCAAAGCUCCCUCCUUGUAAUAUGUAAAAAUAGAAGCGGCUUGCUGCUACUUCCUAAAUCCCCCAUGUCCCCUAUCAUUCUAUCAGGGUCGAUAUGACCUCCAUAUUAGUAUAAGGGAGAUUAAAACCUCCCUAAUACCCCUACUCACUAUGCUGUGAGUAUGGGCAUGUCUACUAAACAUUGAGCAGCCUCUGCCCCCCCCCCCUUUUAUUGUCACUUAGGGCCCCCACCCACCGCCAAAGGGUGGGGGUCAGAGGGAGAAUUGUUCCUCCCCAUUUUUGCACUUUUGUCAUGGGUGGGGGGGGGGGGAGGCAGUGUCAUUUUAAUAAAAUUUUAAUUAAUUUUUAUUUCUUUAUGUUUGUGUAAGGCAGAAUAACACACAGGGUUGCAUCAGACAGCAUUCUGUGGCAAGAUUGAGGCUUCACAGAAUUUAUACAGCAAAGUAACAUGUAACCGAAUGUAACCAAAUGUAACAAGAUGUCCAAUGGUUUUCCUCACCCAGAUGUGUCUCCAUUUCCAUUUGAUAUUCCAUUUGAUAUUAAUUGCCAACCCAUGCAAACGGGUUUGUUUUACAAUACUUUGAUACACCUUGUUUGUACCGGUAUAUUGCUUAAUAUAAUAAUGCUAUUGCCAAUCCCAUAAUAGAUGGAUGUUUUUCUUGGAUGGAUUACUUUAUUGAUUUUUUUUUAAUUUUUUAAUUUUUUUAUUAAUGAGUUUACAUUCAUUUAUGUGAUCUUGACAAAUGUUGAUUAUUAUUAUUGUUUCAUUUGUUAAAAAAAAAAAACAUAUUUGACAAGAAUUACAAUUUAAUGAGUUUUCUCGUAAAUCACAAAAAGUAUUGCAAUUUCCUGUCUGAACUGGGAGAGUCUAAUUAUGUUGUUAAAUUAUUCAGUUCUCUUAUUACACAAUAUAUAUAUAUGCUUGCUUUGUCACAUUUUCUUUAAAGGAAACAUAAGGUCACCCAGACUUGGGUGCAGUGGUCCUGUGCUUUUAACCCUGCAAUGUAAAACAAGGUUCAAUCCUCCUCUAGUUGCUGUUUUCCUGACAGCCACUAGAGGUGGUCCCGCAUCACUGACCUACUAAAAAGCAUUGAUUCAAUAUAUUCUUAUAAUUACGCUUGGAUGCACUCUUCGCACAUACAUAUCAGGUCUCUAAGAGGCCACACCUCCUCUGUGACAUUGCAGAAGGAGGAGAUAAAAGCUUCUGCGCUGGAAAAAGGUAAGUGAAACUUAUUUCCUUAAAUUUUUACUGCCCACUGAAGGGGGACCUGACUAAACGUAGGGACAGGGACACUAAGGCGUUAGGAAUACAGGUUUAUUAUUGAUUAUUGUUGCUGCAAUAGCUUGCAUAUCUAUAGAUAUUAAGGGGUAGUGUUUACAAUACUCCUUGAGAUUUCUAAUGUUGUCUUUAAUGCCAGAUCUUCUGAUUUAUGUUGAAGAAUGAUUAGCUGUAGAAUACACAAAAAUAAAAGUUAAGAAUAAAUAAGAGUAACCUUUAACCUAUUUUUAUAUGUGUAUUUUCUUAGUCCGCUCUGGCUUGGGCUCGUGGUUCAGCUGCUUGUCUCAACUUCAACUGUCUUCUCAUCCUGUUACCUGUGUGUCGGAAUCUUUUGUCAUUUUUGCGAGGCACCUGCUCGGUGAGUGGAAAUUGUAUCACAUGGAAUGUUUUGUUGGCUUUUUGAAUAUUUAUAUAUAUAAUAUAUUGUAUGUGACUAUAUUGGUGUGAUUUAUUUUUUUGAUUUUUUUCAGUGCUGUCAGCGCUCAAUCAGGAAACAACUUGAUAAUAAUUUAGCAUUUCACAAACUGCUUGGAUAUACUAUUGCUCUGAUGACAGGUAAGAUGAUAGAUAAGUAGGUAAAUGUGUGAUUUUUUAUGGCAAGUUAAUCAGUGUUUCUCUGCUCUAGUGAUAAUGUCAAUCAGGCCACAGAAUUCUUAUUUGUAUCAUACAAGAACCAGUGCACUUACUCAUUAAACACCAAUUUCAAACAAAGCUCUUAAAAUUAACAAACAAAAACAAAGGUGAGUGUUAGGUGCUAAAAUUUUGUGAUUGUUACUGAACUAUUUGACAGUAACCAAUAUUAGAUAAUAAAAACCCAGUCUAAAGAGAAACCAUACAUUACCUCACAUGCAGCACCAAAAUGUGUCAUACAUUUUGAAAUCACACAAUUAUAAGAUAACAAAAAAGAAAGAAAAGGGUGCCCAACACUAUGUGGAAAAUAGUUAUAGCCAAAAGGUAUAUAAUUCCAAAAAGAAUAUCAAUUCCUAAAAAAACCCAUAUAAAAAUAGUGCAAUAUUGUAUCUACUCAAAAGCCAUAAAUAGCACAAUUCCUGUUUAAAACUCACAAAUGGAGAGUGGCUACGUGCCUCUAAAGCAAGCAUUCUUCAGGAGAACGUUGGAUACAACACAGCAGGUCAAUCCGAUUCUUGAAUAGACAGAUGAAGAUGACAUUCAGGUAUCCAGAAAUAUUGUUAAGAUUUGAGUAUUAAAAAUAAAUGUAAAAAUUAGCAAUUCCAGAAUUCUGAAUAUAUAGUGAGAUCAUAGGCAUAAGAUGUGAAACAUUAGCGGUUAAUGUCCUAAUACAAAGUAUCUGAAAGUUACACUAUAACACCAACAGCCGCAACCACAAAAUGAGACUUCAACCCUCUCUCCUAUAGCGGGUUCCCAAUACAGCUUCUCACUUUCCCCUGGAUUCCUGACAUCACAAAAAAUCAGAAAGAUAUAGAAACAGGGGCCGAUUGCCUACACAAAACUCCCAUGUGUAAAUUUCAAAAAUGUAUUUAUGUAUUUACUUAAGUAGACCAAUAUUAAUAGAAAUUGAAAUAUAAUAAUGAAAAUUAAUAGUAAAAAUAAUGAAUGCUAAAAAUUUACAAAAAAUAUUUGCGUUCCAUAUACUGCCACAUGUAAAAAGGUAAGUUCCUUUUACACUUCAUGUGUUAUUUAAAAGAAUAAUCUUUCCUUGUGACAGUGGAUCUAAAACUCAUCUGUUUUCUCUCUUUUUGAUAGCUAUUUUGCACCCCCAUACAAUCAUUACAUGUAUAAAAACCUCUUAAAGUUCACAAAAUGUAAUAAUUUUGUUUGUUGCUGUUGUCUAAACACCUGACUCAGGCACGAAUAAUAGGCAUUUAGUUACAAUAUAUAAUCUUACAUUGCAUAAACCUGCCAAAACGCCAAGUGCCCCUAUUUUGGCAGGUUCCAUCCUAGCAACUUAAUGUUUGCUCUUAUGAGACUAACACAUUAGCUCAGGAAAUCCUUCUCCUGAGGUUCUUUGCAGAGCAAAUGGGCCCUGGAAUUGGGCACCUGCUGAAUAUGAAACAAGAGGGCUGGAGUCAUCUGAAUAUGCAUACAUUACAAUGGUGCUUCUGGGAUCAAUUAAAGGAACACUAUAGCAUUAGGAAUACAAAACUGUAUUCCUAACACUACAUUCUCCUCUUGGCACUAUCUCUAAAGCCCUCGCCCGUGACAAUGAAAGGGUCAAAAACCCUUUUUUCACUUACCUUAAUUCCAGGACCGAAUCGCUCCAGCAACAUCACACUGAUGGAGGACCUAAUGCUAAUGCACGACAAGCGCAGCACGCAUUAGACCUUCCUAAGGGUAUUUGGAAGAUACUGGACAUCCUUAUACAAAGCUUGAGGACAAGGACAUCCAACAUCGUUUCACCAAGUUAAACUCCAUAAGAAGUCAAGAAGCACAUCUACUGACUGUCUGGAAACUGCAAUGUUUUCAUUUGCAGGGUUUAGGGGACACGGACAGUGCACCCAGAUCACUUGAUGAGAUGAAGUGGUCUCAGUUCCUGUACUGUCCCUUUAAUACAACAUACGAGAUCAAGCACACUUAGUGCAUAUUUCUACAUCUAAUUUAUUGUGUUUGAAGAUGUGAAUAUAGUGAGCGUAUAUAGCUAUGUGAAUGCAUGUAUGAUUAAAAGUAAUGUUGGAAGUAAUUAGGGUUAACAUUAUAUCGGGGUUAAUGUCAGAGUUAAAUUACAUAGGGUGUCAAUCCUAGAAAUAAGGAAAAACAAAAUUUUUCAGGUUAGGCUUUGAGUGCUUUAAUUUGGCACUAAUGGAAAAGCUUGUUUAGAUUUUGGGAGAGGUUAAAAUUAGGGUUACGUAAAGGGGAUGUUUAGGGUACCGACGUGGAGUUUGGAGGAUUAUUUGUCGAGUACUCACCCUCACCAUAAUCUGUAGUCACCCUGUAGAUACCCUCCUAUGAUAAUAGAAAAGUAGGCGCUGUUAUACAGUGUGCAUCAUUCGAAUAACUGUGCAGGUGGCAUAGAGGGUUCGGAGGAAGAUUAAGAGAGAAGAGAAGUUUAAGAGAACUGAUAUUAGAGAGAAAGAGAGAACACAAAUGAGUUGGGAGGAGUAAAGAGGACAGACAUCAGGGAAAUAAGGGAACAAAGGAGUGGGAGAAAGAACUCAGGAUAGUGAAGGACGAAAGUCAAGAAAAAAAGUGAUUGUGUCAUACUUGGGAACAAGGCAUGUGUAGAGAAUAAUCAUGUGCAAAAGACCUUUUUAGGCUGGAGGCUAUAAAUAGAACAGAGUGGAGGUGGGAAAAUCAAGACAAGAGGACAGGAGAACAAGGUCUCCAAUUAUAUUAUAUUGUCUGUUGUGGUAGCUUAUAUAUUCUUAAAUUACUUAUAUAUUGUGGUGUGCAGGGCAAUCAAUACAUAACACAGUACAGUUUUUUCAGGUCCAAUGUCAAGUCCCCUGAGUUAAUUUAUGCUAUAGCCAAUAGGACUACAUUCCUAUAACAUUAAUACUACGAAACGAGAGCAAGGCUUACUCAAUGAUGCUUUGUGAAUAGCUUGUUACACAGUCACUUCCAUCAUACGUCAGAGGUUAUGAACCUAUUUCCAUUAAUAGAAUAUGAUCUGCAUAAAGCAAAUAUCAAUUACUAUUUACAUUUUUGUAAGGGUUAUGGAGAAAAUCCACCACUUUCUAUAAAUAAGUAAAGAGGUAAGUAGGUAGGAAUAAGAGGUACUUUUAUUUUAAGACCUUAAAAAGAAGGGGAGAGGGUGGGGCUGGGUUGGGGAGCUGAACAGACGCGUGCAGCAUGAGCUCCCGUCUGAAUACUCACUUUACAUGAAAUUAACCCAACUUCCAAGCUAUUUAAUCCCCUGUAAUUGCAUCACCCAUGUCAGGGAAGCAAAGGAGAUCAUAACGAGACGUUUUAAGAAUGGCUGAGAUACGGGAAACGCGGGCUAUAUCACUGGGGCCUACUCUAACGCUAACCGACCCGAUUCGCGGCCUGGGAAGAGGCAAGGACACAGGUGAGGCGGCCGAUCACCCAGCCUGGAGCCCCCUAGAAGCAGAUCUCGAAGCGACAGAAGACCAUCCACCAGCCUCCCUCCCCCACCCCCACCAGUGAGGGAUAUCCCGGCACCAACGGUACAGUUAAGGCAGAGACCCACUUCCCAAGGCCUGCUUGAGCCAAGAAUCACCAAUCCAAAAAUGGCGGAUGCCACGCGCCAGCCAGCAGGCAUGGGGGCCUGUGGGGACCCAGCGACUAACUCACUUACAAAGCUCAACGAGAUUUUCGCUGCCUUCUGGGCCACGAUAUCGUCGAGGAAGCUGAACAUGGUUCCAGUCAAACAGGCUUUUACUGCAGCUACACCCCCGGCAAUUUCAUGCCUUCAGGGCAGAAGCAGAAUGACAACCGCUGGCGGCUCCUUGAAGAGGUGCAGACGUCGGGACCGGCGGCACAGGCAGAAAUGAAAAGUCGGCCCCACGCCUAACAUCCAUCCUCACCCUAACUCACCACAACUCCGAACCAGAACGGAAGCACCUUGCCCAGCAGGGCAGCACCGACCCCCCGACAACGUAAACCUCCGCCAACACCUGCUGGACGCCUGGCACCUACUCAUCUUCAUGCCUCCAACACUCCAGCUGACAAGGGUUCUGGGGGACUGUAGCUGGCACCCAGAGGGGAUCGGGUGAACAGAGGCACAGAACCGGAGUCUGCCAGGCAUAUUUCACCACAGCUAGACUUCCUCACCAUGCCCCCUAAUACAAGAACUGUUCUCUGCUCACCAGCUUAACACACAGCACAGUAAUAGUCCUUAACCUGUUAUUCUUUUAUUUUGCACAGAGUUUUUGUGCUUACUUCUUACCUGAGUUUAUUUUAACAGCUCAUGCAUUGUGUUAUCAGCUAGGACAACUAAUGGGGCAGCCCAAGCAUGUUAAAAAUUGCGGAAAUACUGUUGGUUUAAAUUUACAUUUAACACCGAGCUAUCGUUGACUCAAAAAUAAAAAUCACCUUCUCAAAUGCUAUGCUACACACCUUACCAUAACUUUAAGUAUAACUUGCCUGAGCAUGUGCAUAAUAUCGAGUCUAGCAUGUUUACUAUAAAAUAUUGCUGUCUUAUGUUCUCCAUGUUAUCUAGAAAAGUGCUGUUCAAACUGCCACACUCGGAAAUGCUAUGACAACGCUUGCAGUUGCUGUUGUGGCUCUGCACGCAUGCUGUUCAUAUAUGCACAAUAAAAAUAAGGAAUUGAAGAUAUAAAAAAUCUGAUUUAAAAAAAAAAAAAAGAAGAAGGGGAGUAUUUUAUUUGGGAAUGAGGGACCUAUAUUAAGAGGGGUUGUUAUAUUAUUAGGAAUUUUGGACCCGCCUAAAAGUAGCAUAGAAGGGAUCAGGUGACUGGUCUUUUAAUUUUUUUUAAUCUAAGGUGCUACAGCUAGGGUGCUAAUGUACAAUAUAUAUCGAGUAACUUUAAUCCUUCUUUACACGUGAUAUAGUAAGGAGUAGAGUUUAUUGGUAGUCAUCUACCUAGUUAUAAUAACCCUCCGCCUCUCUUCAUGUGGAUGGAAUACUUUCGAUGACCACCAUUAAAUUCUGCUUCUUUCUUACAUGGAAAUCACUUGUGACCUGCUCAGAUUAUAUAAGUGUCCUGAAGACAUUUAACAACAUAUUUACAUGCAUGUGAUUUAUUUCAGGGCUUCAGGGAAUAGUGGCACCUUGCCCCUUACUGCACUAAAAGGCUUACGUUAUUGGUAGAUAGGGAGAUGCUAUUUAAUAGUUUAGCAACUUCUCUGUGAUGGUGCUACUUAUGUUUCUCCGUGCCAUUGUAUUCCUAUACAUAUUUAUUUUCUCUAUUUAGCUGUUCAUACCAUUGCACACUUACUUAACGUGGAGUGGUUCUACGAUGGGAUACUGAGUCCAGAUACCACUCUAAAAGGAAAGUUAUCAAUCAUUGGGGAAAAUGGUGGAUGGGUGAACCCUAUAAGAUCCAAGGAACAGGUAUUUGACCAUAUGUUAUGAUGAUUAGCUCUUUUGAAUACAUUGUAUGAGCAGCAAGACAACCAUAGGCUUGCUUGGUUUGAUUAUGAAAGUGAUGUAUAUAGUGGUAUGAGCUGCAUGGAAUAAUGUCAGUUUUUACAAUAAUUAUGGUGAGUAGAUAUGGGCAGAAUGCUUGUGAAUAAUUGGUAGAAUGCUUGUGAAGAACAUUAAAGACUGUAGAUUAUGUGCAAAAAGUUAUAGUGAUUGCAAAAUGCAACAACAGAGCAGCAUUAGAGGGAAACCCUGAGUCUGAAUGCUUUGGAACGAGGAAUAGUAGAAUCACUGAUUUACAAAAUGUUGCCUUUAAAAAAUACAAUAAAACAUAUCACCUGCUCACAAGACUAAUUGUCAUUAGUAAUGUUGAUAUUUAAGGUUAUACAGAGUGAUAUAACACAUGCUUUCCUAUUCACAGACACCAUCCUAUAUUGUUUUCACAACCAUUGCUGGUAUAACGGGCGUAGUUAUCACUCUGGCGCUGAUAGUUAUGAUCACCUCCUCCACGGAGUUCAUCCGUAGAAGCUUCUUCGAGGUUUUCUGGUACACACACCACCUCUUUGUCAUCUUUUUUGUGGGUCUUCUGAUUCAUGGAGUUGGGUAAGUGUUGAUCCUUGUUGUUGCAUAUUCCUGACCAAAUAUGUAAUACAGGAUUUAACAACUUUCUGUAAUAUACACAAUAUACCGAGUCCACUGAUUUGCUGCUUACAUUUUUUUUUCCCCACCAUGCUACUACAGACGUCUUGUACGAGGACAGACACCUGACAGUAUGAAACAAAAUCUUUAUUCAUCCUGUAAAGACAAGUUUAUGGAAUGGAAACAGGUUACCCCAAACAGCAAUGAGGAAGAUGAUAAUCAAUGCCUCAUACCCGUUUUCCAAGGCAAUGAACCUAUGGUAAGGGCUAUUACCAAAAACCCUCUGCCCCGUGUGUACUAGUGUGUAAUAUUGCAUCAUUGAUUUAUGAUGGAAUUAGAUUUUGUUUAAAAGUUAGAAAUAUUGAACUUUUGUAUUAUUUCAGUUAUCAAAUAAGUUGUGAUGAACCUUUUACUCAAAAAGAGCAAUUUGAGCAAUGGUUUGUCUAAUUAUUAAAAUGUGUUUAAUAAUAAUAAUGUAUAAUAAUAUUAUUUUUCCAAAUUUUACUAAAAUAUUUGAUGGUUUUUUUCCAGACAUGGAAGUGGAUUUUAGCACCAAUAAUUCUAUAUGUUUUUGAACGUAUUCUGAGGUUCUAUCGAUCUCAACAGAGAGUUGUUGUGACAAAGGUAAGUCACAUGGUGAAUUAGAUUAUGGAUGUCUUCAUAUAUAUCAACAUACCCAUGACAGGAUGAGAAGGAACAGUAAACAACACGAGAUGCAUAUUGCCCAAACAUCACAUUAAAGGACCACUAUAGUGCCAGGAAAACAUACUCGUUUUCCUGGCACUAUGGUGCCCUGAGGGUGCCCUCACCCUCAGGGUCCCCCUCCCGCCCAGUUCUGGAAGGGGGAAAGGGGUUUAAACUUACCUUUUUCCAGCGCUGGGCGGGGAGCUGUCCUCCUCCGAUCCUCCUCUUCUCCCCGUCGGCUGAAUGCGCGCGCGCGGCAAGAGAUGCGCGCGCAUUCAGCCGGUCACAUAGGAAAGCAUUCAUAAUGCUUUCCUAUGGACGCUGGCAUGCUCUCACUGUGAAAAUCACAGUGAGAAGCACGCAAGCGCCUCUAGUGGCUGUCAAUGAGACAGCCACUAGAGGAAAUAGGGGAAGGCUUAACCCAUUCAUAAACAUAGCAGUUUCUCUGAAACUGCUAUGUUUAUGAAAAAAUGGGUUAACCCUAGCUGGACCUGGCACCCAGACCACUUCAUUAAGCUGAAGUGGUCUGGGUGCCUAGAGUGGUCCUUUAAUAAUAGCAUUUUGCUGCUUAGCACAAAGCCUUUACGAGUAUCGUCAAUUUACCACUCAGAACUAUUUGCUAAUUCUUUUCCAAUAAAAGUUGUUGCUCCAGAACACCCACUGGAAGUAAUUUGUGGUCACCAUAAUUUUGGUUUUAAAGGUUCCAUACUAAUGCACUAUAUGUUGGGUCACACUAAUAAAGUCAAAACAGAGUAUAAUAAAGAAUUAAGCCUACUCCAUGCAUUCAUUGCUAAACAACUGUUUCACAAAUUUAUCGACCCACAUUAAACAUAUAAGUUACAAUUGCAUGCAGUGGAAAGUGUGUUCUAAAUCCUCGAUAAUAAAUAUAAACUAUUCUGGAUCCAGUCAACGCCAAUCCAGAAAAAGUAGGAUGAGGGGACAAAUGGAAAUUAAAGGAAUACUAUAGGGUCAGGAACACAAACAUAUAUUUCUGACCAUAUAGUGCUAAACCCACCAUUUAGGUGGCUUGCCCCCCACUUAGCCCCCUUAAAACCAAUUAAAACUCACCUUAUUUCCAGUGCCGCGCAGGUCCGCCGGCACUGGCUCCGUCCCCUUGGUGACAUCAUCAGAAUUGCCGAUUUUUAACCAAUCCAUUGCUUUCCUAUGAGGAAAGCAUUGGAUUCCCUAAAAGUGCCAAGGGGGUGGGGUCAAACAACAUUUUGGCCAAUCAGCACCUCCGCCUUGAAUCAAUGCAUCUCUAUGGGGAAAUUUCAGCGUCCCCAUGCAGUGCGUGGAGACGCUAAAUGGUAGUGAUGGCUUCUGAGAAGUGGCCACUUGGAGGUGUCCCUAGGGGCAAUGUAAACACUGCAUUUUCUUUGAAAAGGCAGCGUUUGUAUUAAAAUGCCUGAAGGCAAUGAUUAUACUCACCAGAAAAACUACAUUAAGCUAUAGUUGUUCUGGUGACUAUAGUGUCCUCUAAAUAAAUAUUUGAAAAAACUUUAUUUGGUAAUAUAGUUAAAAAGAGGACAGUUGUCCUCAUUUUAAACAAAUUACUCAACAAAGUUAUUUCAAACAUUAAUUUAAUGUUCCUUUAAGUUAUUGUCUAGGUUUAUUACAGGUUAGACCUGUUUUGGAAUAGAGGAGUGAGUGACUUUCCCUACUAUUCCUCCCUUUGGCUGGGAGUUAUUUUAGGCUGUGUUUUAAAUCCUGGGCCCAACAAGUCAAAUAUCCUCAUUCCUUAAAAUCAAGAUAUAAUAUAAUUUACCUAAACUCUUCACUCCUGUCUUGUCCUCCUAGGCUGUCAGUCAUCCAUCUAAGGUUCUUGAGAUUCAGAUGAAAAAACAAGGAUUUAAUAUGGAAGUGGGGCAAUACAUCUUUAUCAACUGCCCAACAAUUUCUACAUUGGAAUGGCAUCCAUUCACUCUAACCUCGGCCCCGGAGGAAGACUUCUUCUCUGUGCACAUCCGCUCUGCAGGGGACUGGACUGAGAAACUAAUUCAGGACUUUCAGGAGAAAGCAGAUAACACACCACGGUGAGACACAGCGAAAAGGUCACUUGUUCUUUACUUAAUUCUUGAUGAUCACUACCAUUUCUCAAAGUCCUUCCAUAUGUUAUUUGUAAAGUAUUUCUUAUUUUCUUUAAUAUGGCAAUAACUACAAAUUUCUUUGUAAUUAGACUGGAGGUAGACGGUCCAUUUGGGACAGCUAGUGAGGAUGUUUUCAAGUACGAGGUCAGCAUGCUAGUUGGUGCUGGGAUCGGGGUCACUCCCUUUGCAUCCAUCUUGAAAUCCAUUUGGUACAAGCUUCAAAAAGAGGAUCAACGGCUAAAAACCCAAAAGGUAACAUAAAAAAGUGUAACACAAAAAAUGUAUGGCAUUGUGCAACAUUCUUGUGAAUCCACGUCUGAAGAGCAAUUUAGAUUGGUAAAUUGAAAUCAAGGACAGAGAUAGCAGCAUGUCAUGUGUUCAUAGACAAAUGCAUCUUACUUACUUUCAGUCUGACCUAAUUGUGAACAUAUUUACCUUUAAUUUGAUGUAUUAUUAGCACACACAAUCAAAACGAUGGAAUAACCUCUAGAGAACAGCAUAUUAAUUAUUGAUGAGUAAUAAGAAAAUAAACUAUUUUCAUGUUCCUCUUCUCCACUUUAUAUUAUAGAUCUAUUUCUACUGGAUCUGUCGAGAGACUGGAGCAUUUGCCUGGUUUGCUGAUCUGCUUCGCUCUCUUGAACAAGAAAUGAUCUCCUCUGGAAAAGAUGGAUUCCUUAAUUACAGACUCUUUCUCACCAAUUGGGACAGCAGCAUUGUACGUAUAAUACAUGCUAGCAAAAGAACUUGAGGCUGAUUCAGAUACUGUAACAUGUAGCAUAGAUAACUUGUUUAAAGCAUGUGGAUUUUUUUAAGAUAGAGUGGCUACAAUGAGUCUAGCUCUAUAAUUGUAUAAACUGCAUGUUUAAACCUCCAUUAUUGCACAUUCUGCUUAAUUUAGUGUUUCAUAUUUCCUUCUAUGUUAAAAGUCUUCCAAAUCCUGUAAAGUGCAUUCCACAGAGCAGGAGAUAACUGCCAGGGGAUGUGUAAGGAGUAGGGUUAAGGGUAGGGUAGGGUUAGGUUUAGGAGUAGGGUUAGGGGUAUGGGUAGAGGUACACUAACCUUACUCCUAGCCCUAACCCUACCCUUACUCCUAACCCUACCCUAAUCUUAACCCGACUCCCAACCCUAUCCCUAACCCUACCCUAACCCUACUCCUUACACAUCCCCUGGCAUCCCCCUUAUCUCCUGCUCUGUGGAAUGUACUAUACAGGAUUUAGAAAUAGUUUUAACAUAGAAGGAAAUAUGAAACACUGAAUUAAACAGAAUGUGCAAUAAUGGAGGUUUAAACAUUAGAUUUAUCUUUAUAGGAAAGGUUUAGGAAGGCUGUGCAAGUCACAUGCAAAGAGGUGGGGCUAGGGUUGCAUGAACAAAGUGAUCGAUAAUUCUAUAGUGGUGACACACUUUUUUUGUUACGCUUUAUAAUACAGACAACACGAUUGAAGAUAAUCCUGAAGAUAAAACAAAGAUGAAAUUAUAUUAGGGAAAGUAUUUAUGUACAGAAAUAAAAUGGCCUCAGACAGGGUUCUGUAAAAAGUGCAUUGCUGUUUAGACUUUCAAACUAAGUUUUGCUAUACUUUUUACUUAAUAUACCAAGCCCAGUAUAAUCUGAUGUAACUACAUGUAUAUAAACAGUAAUUACAUGACCUUUGGAACCUUAAGACAAAGAACAUAUUCUUGCAAAGUUUGUUGCCCAAACAUUGAUUUAUAAUUAGUUAGAGUUAAAACAAUGGGUAGAUAAGAUAUGAAAAAAAUCAGAAAAAGAAGAAUAAAACCAACUGUGAGGUUUGGUACAGACACAUGGCAUAAAAAGAUACAAUCAUUAAGUGAUCAAACUAUACCCAUGAAAGGCGUUCAAUGGGACUUGAAUGACAGACUGUACAAAACAAACAGAUUCAAUCUAUGUAUCCUAAUGGAAAUGAAAAUAUGACAAAUGUGUAUUAGUUGUCCUUAGUGUGGCUAAGCUUAACAUGCUGCCUAUAUAAAGGUAAAAUAGUCACCUACAUGCAGGUGGGAAAGUCAGUAACAAGCUGAGGUCAAAGGGUUUAGAGAGCAUUGAGAGGCCAAGCUGAGUCGGGGUGCCAGAGGACAGAACAAAGGUCGAUAAGCCAAAUCAUUAAACCUAUAUAGACUGAAAGAAUAACCUGCUCUUGGGAGUAGAGAUAAGUAACAACCACAAUGGAGAACAACUGCAGGGUAUAUAUAGGCCUGGGGUUCUCAGCAUAAGUUCACAUCAAUGGUAACGCAGGAUGUAGUUUGGCAAAAGGACGGGUUCUGCAUCGAAACUGGAAGAUGAACUAUGCUGUUUGAAGCCCCACCUGACAUUACAAGAAGGCAUUGCCAAUGUUAGUCUUAUCACUCUGUCCCACUCAUUAUCAGAGUUAUUCACUACAGUGAGAAUCCAAACUGGAUUUAAGUGAAUGUCAAAUUUAAGGCCAGAGUAGCUGAAAGGAAAGCAUAGCUGACAGAGAAUUUUUCCAGUUUGGCUAUUUUGACCUUCAAUUUGAAAUUCACUUUGAUGUCACUUUGAAUUCUCACACUAGUGAAUAACACUGCAAUUCAACAGUAAGAAACAUAUGAAGUUUUACAUAGAUUUUAGGAAAUUGCCACAAUGUUACAUGGAGAUAUACAUGGGAUGUGUCUGAGAGGCAGGAGACCCAAGAGAAUCCAAAGUCACAGUGAGGAAGUUCAAUGAGUUCAAAGAGAUAUCAGGGUCAAUGGGUCUGUGGUUGCUUACCCCUUUAAUCAUGUGUUCAAGGGGACCACAGUUCAACUGUGACACAGAAUGGCAAAUCCAAAGGAUACUAGCAGGGCGGCCACCAGAAACUUUGGGGCUCCUGACACAGCACAAGGUCUGGGCCCCCCCACCCGCCCGGCCCAACCACGAGUCCGCCCACGAGUCCGCCCACAGGACUCCUACCUAGUCCGCUGCAAAUGAUGCAGGACUGAAUGUGGUGUGUAUAGUGGAAGUGAAUUAGAAUGUGUGUAAUGGAUGUAGUGUUUGUGUGUAUUAGAUACUGUUUGUGCAGUGAAUGCAGAGUGUGUGUUUGUGUAGCGGAUGCAGUGUGUAUAGUGAACGCAGAGUGUGUUUGAGUAGUGGAUGUAGUGUGUGUUUGUGUAGUGGAUGUAGUGUUUGUGUGUACUAGAUGCAAUGUGUUUAGUGGAUGUAGUGGAUGUAGUGUGUGUAUUAGAUGCAGUGUCUCUGUAUAGUGAAUGCAGAGUGUUUGAAUGUGUGGUGGAUGUAGUGUGUGUACUGUGAAUACAGGAUGUUUGUGUAGUGGAUGCUGUGUGUAUAGUUAAUGCAGAGUGUGUGUCAGGGUAAUGAAUGCAGAGUGUGUGUCAGUGUAGUGGAUGCAGAGUGUGUGUUAGUGUACUGUAUGCAGAGUGUGUGUGUAUGUUAGUGUAGUGAAUGCAGAGUGUGUGUUAGUGUAGUGAAUACAGAGUGUGUGUGUGUUAGUGUAGUGUAUGCAGAGUGUGUGUGUGUUAGUGUAGUGAAUGCAGAGUGUGUGUUAGUGUAGUGGAUGCAGAGUGUGUGUGUGUUAGUGUAGUGAAUGCAGAGUGUGUGUUAGUGUAGUGUAUGCAGAGUGUGUGUGUGUGUGUUAAUGUAGUGAAUGCAGAGUGUGUGUUAGUGUAGUGAAUGCAGAGUGUGUGUUAGUGUAGUGGAUGCAGUGUGUGUGUUAGUGUAGUGAAUGCAGAGUGUGUGUUUGUGUAGUGUAUGCAGAGUGUGUGCUAGUGUAGUGUAUGCAGAGUGUGUGUUAGUGUAGUGAAUGGAGUGUGUGUGUUAGAGUAGUGAAUGCAGAGUGUGUGUUAGUGUAAUGAUUGCAGUGUGUGUGUUAGUGUAGUGUAUGCAGAGUGUGUGUUAGUGUAAUGAUUGCAGUGUGUGUGUUAGUGUAGUGUAUGCAGAGUGUGUGUUAGUGUAGUGAAUGCAGUGUAUGUGUUACUGUAGUGAAUGCAGUGUGUGUUAAUGUAAUGAUUGCAGUGUGUGUGUUAGUGUAGUGAAUGCAGUGUGUGUGUUAGUAUAAUGAAUGCAGAGCGUGUGUUAGUGUAAUGAUUGCAGUGUGUGUGUGUUAGUGUAAAGAAUGCAGUGUCUGUUAGUGUAAUGAAUGCAGAGUGUGUUAGUGUAAUGAUUGCAGUGUGUGAGUUAGUGUAGUGUAUGCAGAGAGUGUGUGUUAGUGUAAUGAAUGCAGUGUGUGUGUUAGUGUAGUGAAUGCAGUGUGUGUGUUAGUGUAAUGAAUGCAGAGUGUCUGUUAGUGUAAUGAUUGCAGAGUGUGUGUUAGUGUAAUGAUUGCAGUGUGUAUUAGUGUAAUGAAUGCAGAGUGUCUGUUGGUGUAAUGAAUGCAGAGUGUGUGUUAGUUUAGUGUAUGCAGAGUGUGUGUUAGUGUAGAGAAUGCAGUGUGUGUUAGUGUAGUGAAUUCAGAGUGUGUUAGUGUGUAGUGAAUGCAGAGUGUGUGUUAGUGUAAUGAAUGCAGUGUGUGUCAGUGUAGUGAAUGCAGUGUGUGUGUUAGUGUAAUGAUUGCAGUGUGUGUGUUAGUGUAGUGAAUGCAGAGUGUGUGUUAGUGUAAUAAUUGCAGUGUGUGUGUGUUAGUGUAAUGAUUGCAGUGUGUGUUAGUGUAAUGAUUGCAGUGUGUGUGUUAGUGUAGUGUAUGCAGUGUGUGUUAGUAUAGUGUAUGCAGUGUGUGUUAGUGUAAUGAUUGUAGUGUGUGUGUUAGUGUAGUGAAUGCAGAGUGUGUGUUAGUGUAGUGUAUGCAGAGUGUGUGUUAGUGUAAUUAUUGCAGUGUGUGUGUUAGUGUAGUGUAUGCAUAGUGUGUGUUAGUGUAAUGAUUGCAGUGUGUGUGUUAGUGUAAUGGUUGCAGUGUGUGUGUUAGUGUAGUGUAUGCAGAGUGUGUGUUAAUGUAAUGAAUGCAGUGUGUGUGUUAGUGAAGUGUAUGCAGAGUGUGUGUUAAUGUAAUGAAUGCAGUGUGUGUGUUAGUGUAGUGUAUGCAGAGUGUGUGUUAGUGUAAUGAUUGCAGUGUGUGUUAGUGUAGUGUAUGCAGAGUGUGUGUUAGUGUAAUGAAUGCAGUGUGUGUGUUAGUGUAGUGAAUGCAGUGUGUGUGUUAGUGUAAUGAUUUCAGUGUGUGUGUUAGUGUAGUGUAUGCAGAGUGUGUUAGUAUAAUGAAUGCAGAGUGUGUGUUAGUGUAAUGAUUGCAGUGUGUGUGUUAGUGUAGUGUAUGCAGAGUCUGUGUUAGUGUAAUGAUUGCAUUGUGUGUGUUAGUGUAGUGUAUGCAGAGUGUGUGUUAGUGUAGUGAAUGCAUGCAGUGUAAAUGGAGCAUUCCAAAAAUGUUAUUCCCCCCUCCCUGUUUCUUACCUGGUCCAGGGAGGGGGGAGAUACCAUGAUCCCUGGUGGUCCGGUGGCAUUGUGGGGGCCCCCGGCUCCCUGUACUUGCAGAGGGGGCUCAGCGGACUACAUCUGUACUUACAAGCUCUUCCCUCUCUGUAACCCAUGGCAACGCUCUGACAGCCGCGGUACUCGCGGGAGUUACAGAGAGGGAAGAGCUUGUAAGUGUAAGUACACUUGCAGUCCGCUGCACCCCCUCUGCAAGUACAGGGAACCGGAGGCCCGCGGCUGCACCUGCACUGCACAUAUAUAGCGAACAUCGCUAUAUUUAUGUGCAGAGAGUAAUUGUGGGGCCCGGGACUGCCAAAGCAGUCAUGGUUGUCACCCCCUGAUGGCGGCCCUGGGUACUAGGAGGAGCCAGGAUUUGGUAGAUCAUUACACAGUAUACCUUUCCAAUCACAAAAUAUGGGAAGCCAAGAUAGAAGAAGCAGUGACAUAUUAAUGCUCAUGUUUUUGAUUUUAUUGGCUUGGUAAAUGCUACUUUUUUGUUUUAGCGGCUUGAUGACCAUUGGCAAAAUGGGUUCUGGAACAGAUUACAGAGUGUCAGGUUCCUUCACCUGGGGGAAGUCACAGUGUCAGUAGACUUGGGGAUCCCCUAGUUGAUCCCAUGGGAUAUGUUAUAAACAUCCUCCAACAUCAUGGAAUACAAGGGAUGUUUUCACUUUUUUUUUUUUUUACAAAGCGGUCACUAUAAUACCCUAAAAAUUCUGAAUUGAAAUAUAUAUUCAAAUUUUACAACUAGAUCUGUAUAAAUGUAUGUAUCUGCAAAUUUGUAACGCAUUGUGUUUCCGUCUGUAAGUAUAGUGAGUGUAUGCAACUGUGUAAAUGCAUUGCAGGGUUAAAGAUAAUGUUAGAAGUUAUUCGGGUAAAGGGGUGUUAAGGUUGGGAGUUAAUGUCACAGUUAGAUUACACAGGGUGUUUGGUGUUACGAGGACUAAAGGCUUGAGAGGGGUAUAGCUGUGCGUAGUUCAGUAUUAUUUGUUUUAGGAGUUAAGUCUAGUAAAGGGUUAAAUGGUGUGCAGCACAGGAGCCAGCUGAUUUCCCUCACCGGAAGUGACGAGGGUAGGGGAUUUUCACGGGUAGGGAAAUUUGAUAGAACACCGGCGUUGAGUGCUUAAGUUUGGGACUGAGGGACUAAGGAAAGAGUUUGUUUAGGUUUUGGGAGGGGUUACAUUUAGGCUUAGGUAACAAUUGGGUGUUUAGGGUACAGGACUGUGGAGUUUAAUGGAUUAUUUGCAAAGUAUUUACCCUCCUAUGGUUGAGUAAAACUGCUGUAACUGUUAUUUAGUGUGUGAAUCAUUUAGGUCUUACCCUGCUCCUCCUGCAAGGCAUUUCCUGUAUGAGAGCCUACUGGUGGACAAAUCGGAAGUGAUCCCUUCCACUUCCUGUCCAGCCUCACACAAAGACACUGGAGGAGCUGGUAGAGUUCUGUGUAGAACUCUUCCUUUAACUCUGUUAUCAAACAAAGGAGGCUGACUGGACUACAGAAGACACUGGUCCCUCACCAGCCCACCUAAUGUUCAAAAAGGCACAUUAUAAAUGCUGUAAAUAUGCCCUACUGGUCAGGCGCCUGUAAGCAGAUGCUUUCUCUGCCUAAUGGAAAAUCUGGCCCAGCGCAUGGUAGCUCCAUCAAUGAGAAAAGUGUUCAUAAUACCUUGAUGCAAUAAAAAAUGGCAAAUGAGAGAGAAAAAAAUCUGGCUUUCAGUUUUAUAGCUUUCUGUUUUAAAAGGUCAUAUCAAAUUUAUUCCCAUAUUUUUUAAAACAUAUCUGGCAAAGUAGAACUUUGUAACACUGUAUCCUUAAUAAAUACCUAUUUUGUUUCGUACCCAGGCUGGACAUGCCAUUGUUCAUUUUGAUGAAGCAACUGAUGCAGUUACAGGACUGAGACAGAAAACGAGUUACGGACGACCACUUUGGGAAAAUGAGUUUUCCGUGGUGUCAGAAGCCCACCCAAGGUUAGUCUAUUAGUCAAGAAAAUUAGAAAAACAAAAUGAAUUCUAGAUAUUGAGUUGUCCUUUCCUACUGUGGUCAAUUACAAAUAGAGAGUUGGGCUGUAUAGAACCCACCUACAGAGGGACUUAUAGAAAAUGUUGUUCCCAUACAAUCAGUAUCUUACCAGUGAAAAUUGAUCUUUCAACCUACCAUCAUUGUAUAAGUUAGUAGAAAAAGAGAGAAUGGGUUCCUAUUGUUAAAAGGAAAAUUAUAGGAAGAUUGAUUUUUCAUUCUUUCUUCUUGAUUUAUGUUAUAGAUCUACAGUGGGUGUAUUUCUUUGUGGACCAAGUGCACUUGGAAAGAAUCUACAGCAAUGUUGCCACCAGUUUUCUAGCAUGGAUCCAAGGAAAGUACAAUUCUACUUCAAUAAGGAGAACUUCUGA